GAGAUUUGCUUGGCGCCGCGACCUCAUGUGAGACACCUCCUGCGCGAGCCAGUCCGACGUUACCUCUGCAGAGGAAAACGCAAUGGAUCCCUGAACGGCUUUUAUUUCCCUCAUCGAAAACAUUUUUUUUGCAUCCAAAAAUACUGUUUAUCUCCUAAAUUUGAGGCGUAACAGGGCGGUGCAACGAUGUGGAUCCAGGUUCGUACUAUAGACGGGAAGGAGACGCGAACCGUUGAGGAUCUUUCUAGAUUGACCAAAAUUGAGUCUCUACGGUUGAAAAUACAGGACAUCUUCAAUGUAAGCCCACAACAACAGCGCCUAUUCUACCGAGGAAAGCAGGUAAACAUUAUUUUCACGUCGUGUCGUUAUGCAACCCUCGAUCUUUGCAGCUUUGGCAGGGGUUUGGUCCUCUGGUGGAGAGUGGAGUGGUCCUCUGGUCUUGUAGUCUUUUCGGACUCAUGCGAGCUUCCUGUUUUGAUAGGAAUUCGCCAAUAGUUCUUGCGCAAUAGUCCCGGGUACGCGGUGUGCCAGCCCCCGAGAGUAACGGUGAUACUAUAUGGAAGUUAGGCACUGUUAUGAAACCGUGUCUCAGUGUCCAGGAUGCUUUUCAGGAGCCCCUGAAUGCAACAAAUGUUUCACCGCCGUAGACAUGUUUGUUUACAUUGCCGCGAGUGAGAAAAGGGAACAUCGCCCUCUGUUUCCACAUGUGCAUCGAAGAAGAGCAGCGCUAGAAACAACCUCAAUCACUCCAUAUAAGAGCUACUGUGUCCUCUUUUUAUUCACUCCUGCAACUUUCCUCGCGUAUCUGUCAUACUGAUGUGUUUUUGCGUUUGUAGCAUGUAGCACCAGCUGUUAGACGGAGCCCAUUAAUGAAGCAUGAGCCUCGUCCAUGCUGUGUGGUGUGUUAUGAUGAUAAUGUUAACGAUCAUUUGAUGGAGGAGGGGACUCCUGGCUCCACGUGCCCUGACAUCUCUGUGGGUUGUUGUGUUUACAUAAUGGCGUCACUACACUACAGUGUGCACACUGUACAGUGAGGAUGGACUAUUCAGAGUUGGUGAGUGAACAAACUAAUAUCUGCAUCAAAUUGAUGUGCACAUUGUAGUCUGAUUUGCACUUAUCCAGCUUCAACAGUGCUCUUUGUAAGAAAAACAUUUCUCAGUAGGAUAUUAUUUGGAUAGCAAAUUAAUUUUGUUGUUUGCACAUGAUCACAGUAAAGCUAACUUCCUGUCAUAGUGUUUUAUCAAAUGAGCUGCAUUAUCUGGAAUACUCCUAUCUUAUAGUGAUGGGAAGAACAGUUCUUUUGACUGUACUGAAUCUUUAGAAUCUGUUCAUUAAAAUGGUUUGUUCAAAAGAUUUGUUCACUGAAUCAGUCAGUGCCUCUGCCUGCCUCAAGUCAUUCGGAAGUCGUUCAUUUUGUUCACAGUCUGACUGAUACAUUUCGUUCACAUACUGACUGAUACAUAUCAUUCAUUCGCUGUGAGCAAAUCACAAGACUGCGCCCACCCGCUAGCUCGCUGGCUGUGUGUUGUUCACCAAAGAGUUAAAGGCAGAAGUUCCACUCCUGACCAGCAUGUCACUGACGUCAGGCUCGCGGCCUAGCUUAACUGAACCGAGAAAGGAACGAAUCAGGUCUCAUAGUGAUUCCAUUCACAGCGUUCACUCAGCAGUUCUUUUCUUUUGAACGAAACGUUGAUGAAUGACACAACACUACUAUAUUGUGUCAUGUGCUUUGCCGAAAAGGUGUGCAUUAUUAUGCAAAAUUUCAAGCAAUGUUGUGCUCUGAUAAUGCAAUUCCACUAUACUGAUGUUGUCCAUAUUUUUGGCACCUAACUUUUGAAAAAUAGCACCACUUGAAAACUGUGCAUGAAUCAGAAUUGACAUGCCCUUUAAUUCUUAUUUUGAUCCCACUAAAGAUAACUGCAUCAGUAUGUUACCACAUCUCAAAAGCUGACUCAGAAUCUGCCAAUCAAGCUACAAUAUACCUGAAAAGAUGUAAGCACAUGUAACAGCACAUGGUGUUUUUAAGUUGUCCAAAAUAGUCAUCAGAACACCAGAAUUUUAAACGUUCAUAUGAUACCAAUAAAUAUCAACAGUGUUGUUACUUGUUUCGAUACGAUAGCAACAAAAAUGAACCCCCUGAGCGCCCGUAACUGGGUAUCUUUUGUUUUUAUGUUUCAAUAGAACCAUGUCCCAACAUUGCUGUUACACACUCGCCUCAUAGUAGGAACUGUUUAAAUAGUUUUACGUAAUAUUUUGCCCUUAGAUGUAACAGACAGACUUGUCUGACCUGUCUUAGUGUGCAUGAUUUGUUGAAGGUUUGUGAGACUCUACCCUAAAAGCCCUGGUAAUAAGUAGACAAUGCUUAUGGAACACUGGUGUUGUAAUGUAUUUAUAAUUUCAACACAAUAAAGCUGAUAUUAACACAGUGUGACUCAGCCAAGCAGAUGAGCUGGCAGGAAUAAGCAGCAUGCAUGAUGUGUUAAUCUCACAUUCCUUGCAUUAAAUUACAGUCCUGUUCAUUCAUUUUUGAAUGCUCGUUGUAGGCUACGGAAGCCCUAAGCAGACAAGCAUACAUUUAAUUUUUUCAGCUUUCUUGUGCUAAAGAGUUGGUGUCACUUAUUCUCCAGAGAUUUCAGUAGUCAGUCGUAGCAUGGUCUGGUCAAUUACAGCGUUCACUAUUUAGUUUUUGACAUCAGAUAAAAUUAUCCUGUAAAUACGAGCGAGGAUGUCCCAAAGCAACACAUUUUCUAAUUGUUAAAACAGAAAUCUAAAUUCAGAUAAACCGACUGUUCAAAAGGUAGUCCUCUAGUCUUUCGUCCUCCUUUUAGGUUUAAUUUCUUGUGCCUGUGCUGGUUAGACAUGAUGACUUACAGUAUAUGAGCAGUUGUAUGCCAGUCUAACCAGACUCAGAAAACUUGCUCAUAGUGCCAUGCUUUACCAGCGCCAUGGUAGUACAAAGUUGGCCUCUUGCUAACACAUUUUGCUGAUCGUUUUUAUAGUACCAAGCAGCAAUGGGGCACCUUCUGUCGUGGUUGUGCACAUGCUUCAGUCAGUAAUUUGAUUCUUAGCCCACAGCAUGUAAACUGGGACAAGGAGAGUAGUCCGGUUUAAUUGCCUAAUGGAGCUGUAACUGUAGCUGAUUUAAACUGUGAAUGUAAAUUUGUGGACGUGUCUCUCUUCCAGGUCUUUUUACUUUUACAUGUUGUUGUUACUUUGUCUCCCAUUCACACGCUGGUUCCUAAAUAACUAGUGCCCGACCGAUUUAUCGGGGAGCUGAUUAAAUCGGCCAAUUUUAGCCAUUUAAGACUAAUUGGUAAUCGGCCAAAACUCGCUGACUUUCGCCGAUAUUUUUAGAAAUAAAAUGCGGAGAAUAAGAUUCGGUUUCACUUUGAAAAUGUUUCGCCAUUUGAAAAGUUCCCCGACUUAUCCUGUAGAUGGCGCAGCGACCUCAUGACAAUCUUCAUCCACUAACUGCCUCACAGCACAGCAGAGUGACGGAUCUGAAGCAGGCAGCUCAGGGACGCACGGAGGAGAGUGGUCCGCCUCAACGGUAAAUAAAUGAGUUUGUGAAGUACACAAUAAAUCAACAAGUUUCAGUGCAACCCACUUCACGAUGUUCCCCGCUGUGCUGGUCUCGGUCACGCCGAGUUAACGGUAAAGCACCAUGUAAUAUGCAAGCUAAAGUUAGAGUUAGCCACCUGCUAUUAGCCUUGCUACACUGUUAGCCGUGUCAGUAACGGUCGAAUAAACAACAGUACACAUUAUGUGAUCGAGCUACUUCUCUUACUGAGGCAGCUGCAUGUCUCCAGAUGAGACCGGACUGGAAGUAAGUUACACGAGUUAUGACGCGAAGGCACCGAUCGGGCCCUAUAAGUAACCCUAAAAAAGUUUGUUUAGAUCUCAAGAAAGUAGAUCUAGAAGAGUCUUGUUCAUGUGAUAAGGUAAAAAAGCGAAGAACUUGAAAUGAACAGGAAACUUGUCAUUUCGGAAAAUGGAUUUAUGUCCCAUUCGAGCUUGAAUAGCAGGCAGAGGAACUCUCUAGUAGUUUCUUUGUCCGUUAGUUGUCCAUUCUGCUUCCUCCUGUGGAAUUAAAUGAUAAUAAACCUGUUCACAUAUAAAUCUUACAGGUCAUAAUGGAUUGGUUUUGUUGGGAUUGUGUGGUGCAUGUAAGGCAGGACAAGAGGAAAUAAUAAUUCAGACUGGAACAAUGGUUUACAUGGCAACCUGACUAUUCCAUUAAUUGAAAAGAAAUGCGAGGGGUUGUGUUACAUGUGAGGCACUGAGGCCGUUAGAUGCAUUUUUCAUUCUCAUACUAGUGAACUGAUUUCAUUGCUCGAAGCAUUUUUCCUAAAGUCAAUAGGAAGCGAGUCUUGGCUUGAAGAAUUUCAUCAGAUCUAGUAGGGAAAAUGUUUAAUUAACAUUUUAAGGUUAACAAUUAAUAAGCUGUUUGCUGGAGUCGAGCUGUGUGUGGUGGCAUAGACUCGGGCCCCGUGAAUCCUGUGCUUCCUUCAUUUCACUGGAAAAUAAGGGGGAGGGUUGAUUAGGGGAUUUCCACGUGUUAAGCAAUGCAAGGAAUGAGCCAUUGACUCGCAGCGUACACUAGCUAGUGCCCUUACAUGCUUGGAGGGGUGCCUGCGCUCUGCAAAGAUUUCGACUUGUAGCAGUGUAACUCUAAUCUAAUUCUUUUCCAAAAUGGCGUCUUGUUUUUCCCCCUUCAGCUCACUGCGCACGCUGCCUCACCCGUUCAAAGUCAUGCCUGCCCUUCAGUUGGAAGGGUCUCGAGCCACACAACUUUGCCUCUGUGUUUUUUUUAUGGGCUUUUCAAUUUGCCUUUGCACCCGAUGUGCCUCUAUUUCACUUCGACAACAUGUCACGCACGUUCACAGGCAGACUUGCACACACACCUUUCACACUUUUCAUGCAGCCUCUCAGCUCAACGCCAACUCUCACUUUUGCUGUAGAUUUCUCAUUUACUAACCAAGAAAAACACACUUGGCUUCUCUAUGAUGUGGUUUACUGCUCUGUUUGUGUUGUAUCUAUGUGCUGCGAGAAGAAGGCUGUCGUUUCUCCUCUGCAGAGGCACCAACAUGUUUUCAUUUCCAGAUCAUCCUGCUGCCGUCCACCAUGAACUGCCGGUUGUUGGCCUGUAGGAAAGCUUUAUUGGCUUGCCCUCUUUCACGCAGACUGUUGCUGUGACCUAGAUAUUGCCACAAUUUGAUUAUACAUACACGGAUGUUGUGGCUCCUCGAUUGAUCAGCUAGGCCGUAUAUUUCACCCAGAAUUUCAGGGGAAACUAGAGUUGGCUGCAGCCAUGCGUGCACAGUCACACCCUUCUUCGACAGAUAUGCCGGACAAAAAGCAAAGACAAAAGACGCAUGAAACCUAGACUACAACUGCAGGCUUUCUAACACUCCCACGCAUUCUCUUAGUUUUUCUGCCUUCAGUGGUUGAAAGGCCUACCUGUUUGUUCACUGUCUCAGCUCAGAUUACUAAAGAAACCAAGGUUGUUACACGGCAAAUCAUUGUUUUUCUGGUUGCAUGUCUCUUGUGCCAAAAAAAGUAUUUGUUUGGAAUUAAUAUACAUAAAAAAAUCGAGAAGUUUUAUAACUAACACAGUGUUAUCAGCGCCCUCUGAAAUGGUUGUUUCACAAAAUAUAUUGAAAUUUGCUGAAACAUAUGAGGUUAGUUUCUGUGCAACAACUUUUCUACAUGAACAAUGUGUCCUAGAUUUCUCUUCGUAAAAACAAAAUGUCACAAUGUCCUCACUCAAACAAACAACUAUAAAGCUGUGUCCAUAAAAACACUCGAUUAGGUGCCAAAUCUCAAGAGAUCUUGGAUUUAUUUUAACAAGCACGGCUCAGUUUAUUGAGAGUGAGGAAAAAGGAUAAAGAGAAAAAGGAAUCUUGUCCAAACUAGCAGAUAAUUUAACUGAUUUUUAACAUUUGAAAAUAUGGAUGCAGUAAAAAACUCAGACUCUUUAUUCUGUGUAUCGGUUACUUUGCCUCCGUUUAGAAAAUAACAUCUGUUCAUGAAAAUACAACCAACAGGAGGUAAAAAUAAAAGAUAACUUUUGAUUCCUUAUUGGUAAACUGAUGGCAGAAUGAAAGUUUGGUGGACGGCAGGCUUGCAGACACGCCCUGUGUGAUUGUUUUUGGAAAUUUGACCUAUUUUGCUCGGCUCUUAGCUAAGACGGCCUGUGGGUGGGGACGUGGGCGAAGACGACCGGGUAUGAGUAAGGGGUUUGGAUUGGCAGCUGGACUAAAAUAGGCCAAUUUUUGCUCUGCUACAAAAUUGGUUUUCACACCUUAAAAAAAUAAGCCUUUUUAGUUUUAUGUGGGCCAUCCUGGUUCCUCAGUCCUCCACUGAUCGACAUGAAUGCAAAGAUUUUGGCUCAUAAAGCUGCAAGAUACUGUUUGAAAGCACGGCAGCUCAGUAAUGAAACUCAACAGAUGCUGCUCGCUCUACCUGCAGCUUCUGCUACACAACACGCUCUGGAUUGAUGGAAAUAUUCACUGAUAGAAAAGACGUUGAUAGUGAAAAACAUUUGGGUCUGCAUGAUCGUUUACAUGAUUUUACAGUGUCUCUGCAGCAACACGUCUUUGUUUGAUAUCCUCUUUGACCUUGUACUUUGUUCCCUCUCACAAUAAAAAAACGAGUCUUUGAAAGAAUGCCUGUGGAUAUGCAACAGAGGAAUUAGCCCGGUUGAGAGGUGUUAAUUUUAUUCACACAUGCACACAUAGGCACACAUCAUCGCAGUGCCAAGGUUUUUUUUUUUUUGACUCUGAUUUGUUAAAACCUUUAGAGAAAUCUUCAUCAAGUGCCUCUUGUUUCGUGUAAAGCUUUGUUGUGAUAUGUGCUCGGCACUGAAACCUCCCGUUGGAGCUCAGAACAGCCUUCCUUGUUGUUGUCACGUAAUGAAGACACCAGGAGAGAUGUCUGUUUUUUAUUUGCCUGCAUUAUUCAUGGCAUACGAGAAAGUGUGACAUCCUUGGUGAUGUUAUCUGUCCUUCAUGCUCGGGACGGUCAACAUGGCCAUUUUUCUGUCAAAGUGAUCUUGCCCUCUGUGACUGUGUCAAGUAUUUUUCCGCCAUUGUCCAUUCAGAAGGUGUUUUUGGCUUUUAGCACUAUUCAGCUGGUUAUUAUCCUAAUGAUGUCAGCGCUGUAACGCCUUGCCUUGAAAGCUUGGGGAGCGAUUACAGCCUGGAGAUCAUUUGUGAGGGUAGAUUCAAUGCAUGAAAUUCCACAUAUCGUAGCUUUGACUUUACGUUGUGGACUCUCUUCUUCGAUAUCGGCCCGUCUGUACUUGCAGGACUGGGAAUGUUUGCUGCAGGUUCUGCCGGCAAUCUUAUUGUCUGUUUUCCUUCACUGUUUGUUUGCCCUUUUUUUUCUUAAUGCAGUAUCAAGUUGCACAAGGCAGAGGAGGAUAGGCAAUUACUGUGACUAAAUCGAAGACUGAGUUGAGGCAGAAAAACAGACAAAGAAAUGCUGAGAUAGACACAACAGACAGAUACAGAAAGACAGGUGAGUAUUGUACCCACUGUAUGGCUGUGUUUGCACCACUGCUCCUCUGAUCUAAAUUUCAUGAGACUAUUAAAAACAGGGAGGGAUGGAGAAAUUACGCUUGCUCCCUACUACAAUCUCCUGCCCGCCUCCGACCGCUCUCCUCCUCGCUGUCAAAUAACGAAGACAAGAAGGGGAGCGCGAGCCAGAGUGGCGGCCAUGCUCAUCUCUCCAGUACAAUGGGGCUUGUAGGGUUGAGGGCUUAAAAUGAAAAGCGGAUGUCUGCAAUGAGUUUGCGUGUCUGCCAUAAGCUCUGUUUCUGUGGCAGUAGCUGGACUACUGUAUACUUAACAGUCGAUCGCAUGCGUUAGAGGAGUACAUAUGGGUUUCUAAUGGGGCCUCAUUGUUUUUUCAGGAGCUUAUUUUUGUUGUGAGUGUAAUUCUCUGGUGGCCAUAAACCGCGUUGCCUGACAGAGUCACGACGACGGCGAUGAUGGUGAUGAUGGUGGUGUUGGUGGUAGUGGGUUUUUGUCGACAGAAAUUGUGUACAUGAUUCAGGUUCAUGGGGGUGGGCUGGAAAAAAAAAAGGGGGGGGGUGCUCUCCUUUGGUUGUCAUAGCAACCCAGUCAUUCCUUCUUUCCCCCAGCUACAUCUCCUAUCACUUUAAUACAUGCAUCUAUUUCUGUUAGUUAUUUCAUUUCUUUUUAUUUCUCGUUGAAAACUAGUGCAGAAAAUCCGUGAUCGGGGAUGCAGUCGAGCAUUUUGUAGUCAUUCAGAAUGGCCUGUAAUUAUGGACAGCCUUCCAGUCAUACGUGCAAAUGUGUUUUCUGCCUUCAUAAGAAAAAGAAAAAAGCUGAAAUGCUUUAAACUGCAUACAUUUAUACAGUAGCUAAACACUGACUCAUUUGAGAGUCAAUGUCGUCUCUGUGGACGCUCAAACAUUGUCCUAAAUGUAGAUGUACGGAGAUGUUGUGUACGUUUGAAGUGAUCUUAAUGUCAUAGGAUAUAGUUAGAUUACACUGUUGUUUCCUUCCUCUGUGCACAAUGUUAUCUUCUGUCUUAUGCAUCUUUGUUUGUCCUUGACAAGUAGCUGAGUGUGUUUGUCUGAAGGCUCUCUGUGGCGCAGUGGCUUACAUUUGCUCUCACAUGGAUGGAUGCAUAUUGGGCGAAUUGCAGCCAGUUUUAUCCCGGUAAUGAAUAAGAUGCAAAUCUCCAUUUACAGUUUCUUUAUUAAAAGGAUAAUCUGCAAAUACGAGAUACCAGAUUUUAGGGUAGGUAUGUUUUUCUGCUCCUUGUAAUCAAAUUACUGUUGACCAGUCACAUAUUAGCAGGCUUUGUUGUAUGCAGGACAAACAUCCCAUACGUAGAGCUAUAGUAGGCAGAAAGCAAUCUGCUGUAAUGACACCCUGUCUCGUUUUGGCAUAAACUAUAACUGAUGAUUUAUUUAUCUCUUUACACAGAUAUCAGGAUGCAAGUGCUGCUUGUCAUUUACUCCAGAUCAAAAACUUCUGCAUAAAUCCUCAACAUUUGAAAAAGCCAAUCAGCAUCAAGAGUGUUUUUCACUCCCUGAAAUGCAUAAAAAAAGCAAAAUCAAUUUCAAUUCAACAAGAAAACAUUUUGAAAGCUGUUUUUUCCUCCUCAUGGGGACAGACAGGCCUGUAAGAGCCUGCUGUCUUAUUUUUUUUACAGUUCGUUAUCAUGUUGAUAUUGUUUCAUGCAAUCAAGAUUUGCCAAUUGCAGGAUAAUCACGAGGAAAAUGUUUUAUUUUUCAGGUUCACAUGACCAAAGUACAUCUCAGCGUAACUUACUUUCAAAGGCACUGUGUGGAGUUUUUAACUGGUUAAAAAACAGUGUGAAACUGAUGCUGAUGCCUCUUUAUAAUCUUAAGAAGCAAACAAGAUAAUCAGCAACAAGACUGAUCAGUUCACUGAAGUAAUUUUUGAUAAUAAACCGCCCUGAGGAGGAAGGCAAGAUGAGUGUAAACAGCCUUUUUGACUUUUUCCAUGACAAAUACAAAGGGUGAUAUAUUUCUCUUAUAUGUUUACACAAACAGUGUAGUCAAACUACAGUUGUAGCUUAAUCUGUCUUUCUCUCGGUAUAAGUAUUACACAUCAAAACAGCUGGCAGUACAAACAAUAAGAGGCUAAUGGGACGUAUGUGAAAUGAUGAAAACAGGAUUCUCCUUCUCUUCGUUUGUCGUUGUUUUGUUUACCAUGUGACUUCCUAGCAACGCAUCCAUGCAGUUGAACUCCUGGCUCAAAGCCCAACAUGUGAACACUGAAGUAUGGGUUAGUUUCAGUUCGUUUAUUACAGCUGUAUAUUACACGACAGAGAAAAUCGACCCAUUACCACAUUAACCAGGUAUGUUAGGCUGACUAUGAGAAAUUCAUGAGUGCGAUUUCAGUCUGACUAAUGUCUUUAAACGAUUUAAAAAAUUCAGUUCAGUCGCAAUAAGGCAGUAAAUCUUUUUUUUUAAACUGCAUGUAGGAGGGCACCAAUCAACACAAACCAAAAGUGUCUCACAGCAGCUUUAACUGUAAAACUGAAACAGAAACAGAUGACUGGGUGGUCCUCAUGAGGAUGCAAUCAGUGUCUUCAUGACAGUGUUAAUUUUGAAGACAGAUCUUGAGCUGCAAACUUUGCUUCUUCGUUGAUAUAAACAUGGCGUUUUUAGGUUUUAAACAGUUGUAAUUCUCGGUGAAUGAAUUGUUGGCUGGGGGUCUUAAUUUUGCCGACCACUGGCUGUGACUGAAUGUUGUAAAAGUUGACCAUCACUGCCAAAGGCAUCAUUGGCAGAUGAUAGCCGAGGGGCUCCAGAGAUUUCUGCCACAAUGAAAACGGCUUUUCUUUGUGUUUGCUGUGCGUAUUUAUACAGUUUUCUAUAUUUAUGUUUUCAGAUGGAGGAUGGCCAGACGCUGUUUGACUACAAUGUAGGUCUCAAUGACAUCGUCCAGCUGCUGAUUCGCUCACAGACUGAUGCACCAGACAGCCCCGCCAACAAGGACUCCUCUGGUGUUUCCUCUAGUUCAGCCCCUCCCUCUGACACCAAGUCUGAAAGCCACAACUCCUCUCCAGCUCUUGCUGCUAUGGAAACCUCCACCAAAAUAGACAAUGACAGCAGCAGUGUAAAAACCAGCAAUCUAAUCGAAACCAAGCCGGACACCAGCGCUACCAGUAAUUCAGCCAGUACCAAAAAUGGGUUCAAGUCCUCCAGUCCAACACGGGAUUCCCAGCCUCAUACAUCCAGCAAAAACACACUAGCCGACCCAGGAAUUGGUGUGUAUAAGGUGAGAACACACAUUACACGAGACUCACCAAACCCUGUUCAGAGCCAGCUCCAGAUUAGUAAUACUCCACAGCCCACAUGUUGGUGAAUCUACUCUGCACUGGGCUUUUCUGGCUGGACUGGCUGACUGCCUUGUCUGAGAAUUACAUGCGUGGGACUGAACUAACCCUUUUUUUUUCAACGCCCCAUACAGCCUGCAGGAUGGAUAAAUAAUGUAGCUUGGAAGAGGAGUAGUAAAUCGUGGAACUUAGAUAUCAAGGUCACAUACAUGUACAAGCAUUCACUGCAGGCCUAGUGCAUAUUUUUUUCCUUUUCUUUAAAACAGAGAACAUGUAUGGCAAACCAGUGUCAUUUACCGUAUUCACAUGGCAGCUAUUUUCAUUUAUCCUGAAGCUCGGAUAGAAAGCUGAAAUGCUGUCAUGAUUUACUGCUAAUAUUUAGGAAACCUGUGAAAAUUGCGUUAAUUUUCUAGUUUUGGAUUAAAUGGCAACUAAAAAAACACCAAAAGUAUAAAUAUAUCAGGAAAACGUAAGUAUAUUUGAAAACCUUCAGUCACUGUUAGAAAAUAGCGUUUUGUUAAUGAGCAUUUGUAUCUUUGCUAACCUUGAUAAAACAGAGAUGACAACCCCUGUUUGAUGCUCAUGUUAGCUUAUCACCAUUAGCUUUAUUUAACCUAGUUUAGUGCCAAUGCUAGGGUGACCGUAUUUUGAUUAGGGCCCGACCGAUAUGGAUUUUUUUUGGGGCCGAUACCAAUUAUUAGGAGGGAAAAAAUCCGAUUACCGAUUAAUCGGACGAUUUUUACAUUUUUUUUAAAAAUGUUUUUAUUUUUUAAGUUUACUCAAAGAUGCCAUACAAUUCCAAUACAUUUAAAGUUUGCCUCCUCUGCAUGGAUAGGAAAUUGUUACACUACCAAAAACUAUCUAUAAACAAAGACACUAAUUCUUAUAGGCUUAAUGAAAAAAUGAUAGAAAUAAUGUCUCUUCUGUAGUAGAAAAAUAAAGUAUUCAUGAAUACCGCUCUGUUUUAUUAGCAAUCCAACGUAAACAAAAAUAGCUCUCACAAACUUACAAAAAAUAUCUGUAUCUUUAGUUUUCUUCUGUAUCCUGGUGGCUUAAUGAAAACAAUGAAAUCCAGAACAUUUUCAUCACUGAAUAAAAACAAAUAAAACAGGACGGCCAGGACAGGAUGGAAAACAAGACAUGUCCUGGGAAAACAGGAUGUCACCCUAGCUUAUGCUUGGUAAAAUAAAUUGAUAAUAAGUAUGUUUAAUUUAGUGUAUAAUUACCUAAUUAUAAAAAAGGUUUAUUUAUUGUCUAAAAGUCAUAAAAAAGUAUGAGUAGUGGACUUAAAUACAAGGGUCUCUGUAAUUAACUUUACAACACUUGGUUCAAAAGAUAUCCGCCUUCAUUUCUCGUCCCUGUCUUCUCAGAUUAACGAGCUUGUGGACUGCAGAGAUGUCAGCAUCGGCGCCUGGUUCGAGGCCUGCAUAGAAAAUGUGACACGAGCGCCUAAAGGACAGAUCACACCCACCAAAGGCAAGGUGGGCCGGCCCCCAAAAAGGACUAAUGGAAAGCUGGAGGCCGAGUUAGGACAGGCCCAUGGCCAAGGCCAAACCACAGACAGUAACAGGAAUAAUGUUGUUAUAAGCUCCGAGAGUAAUGGAGCCUCCACCUCUCAGACAGACUCUACAGCAGCGACAGAGACCAAGGAGAAAGAAGAGGACGUCCUUUACCACAUUAAAUACGACGAGUAAGUGACGGCUUAUUAUGGCGGUAGAGCGUUUCUGCUGCAGCUGAGCUGAAUUUGGUUUCAGUGAUAACUGAAACAUUAUCGCAGGUUUCAUUAAAAGUGUUAAGAAGAGAUCUGAAUUUGGCAGAAAACCGCAGAGUCCAGCAGACACAUUUUCAUCUGCUGGUUGGAUUGAGAUCUGCACUACUGUGUCUCUAACACGAUAGUUUUCUUUGCAUUUGCUGCGUCACAGCACAGCAGAAUCUAAGGUUUCAGUCUCGUUGCUUACACCUGUCCCCCUCUGUUCUGUUGCGUAGCAUUAUAGAUGCGCACAAGCUGAAUAUAUGGUAUGCGUGUUUGUGUGGUAGAAGUGGCUGCGAGCAUCAGUACCAGUGCUUCGGUGCAUGGGGAAUUGCAGCAUCCUCUUUCUCCUGGCAGUCCGGGGGUUGCAGAGAGAGAGAGAGGGGGGGGUUUGUGUAGUUGAUGCUACAAUUUGGACUCUAUCUCUCGCGCUCUCUUUUCCAGCAAAUUCAUUCAGAAGCCGGCGUUUCCAUGGUAACCCAUGAGUUCUCAGGAGCAUUACUUCUUUGCUUUCCUCCCUCAGCUUUGUCUGUAAUUGCUGUGAACAUGCCACCGGUGAGACACGGCUUCUUUGCCAUAUCUCAUCCUAGUGUGUGUGCCAGUGAGUCUUUCCACCAUGGGAUGUUGUGCUGCGGGAAACGGCAUCAAGGGCUGUUGAGCAGUGAAUGUGUGUUUUGUUUGAGGCAGACAUCGGUCCCAUUUGACAGUCUGCAAUCUUUCCAAUCCAUGUUUUGUUGUUUUGCAGCGGGGCAAUUAAUAUUUGCAGUGACAAUUCAGAAACACACAUCACUUCGUGUCCUUCUUUUUUUAAAACGGAAUGAAUUUAAUUAUUUAUCCUUUUUAUUAUUCUCCUCUAUUUUCUGCAUUUGACAGAUGGAAGCUGUAACUGAUAACAGAGGUACCUUGCUACAGCUUAACUACAUUAUUUGAUUAAGGUCUUUACCAAAUUACUGAAGUACUCGACCCCAGUUUUGCAUUUUGUUAUAAUAAAGCAAGUGAUCAAAAAUGUGAGCUUUCCGUUUGAGGGGCAGCAUUGCUAAUCCACUCUCCAGCUUUCUACUAAAUGUGCUUUCUAUUCCCGAACACCAUCCUGGGUUUCUUCCAUUAUUUGUUUGCAAGAGCAUAUUAGAGGGUGGGUAAGAAAGCGCCAUCAUCCCACGCACACGUACACACACACACACACACAUAUGCGCACACAUUUGCACACACAUUUGCACACUAGUACACUCCCCUAUUUAACACCCGCCUGCAGAGUCCCAAAAAGAAAACCCGGCCCUAACCUGUGGUGCAAACUGCUGUGUUUUUGCAUGAGUCUGUGCUGGGCAGUUUGUCUACAGAAGGUAAUAAGCCACAAAAUCAAAGGGAUAUGCAGUAUUUGUCUUGUCUCCGCUGCUCCCAGAGAACUAAGGUGGCAUGUUUGUAUUUGUGUGUGUAUAUAUGUGAUGUAUAUUUUUCACAGAUACGGUGCCAGGGUUGUAUCUCGGCUGAGCUUAGCAUAUGUUUGAGAUUCUCUCUGGAGGGACACACAAAUAAAGAAGCAAGACAAGCAAAUAUAGCUUGUGUUGAUACAGGUUUAAAGUGGACAGUUAUACUUUUUAUAUUCAAAUAAGGACUGACAUCCAAACACCUUAAAUUUAUUUGCACAAGUCAAUAUUAACUACCCAGCUAGAAAAAAAAAAAUCUUUUUUUUUCCAUGGAGUGAUUAAACAAAAACUUAAUAUGCAAAUUCGUAAUAAACCGUUCCAAGUAAAACAAAGUUGUCAAACUCGACAUGACAGUGAGCCUCGGCUGCAUGCAACAGUGUGUCAAAGCAGAGGUGGGAGUUGAAAAUGGUGUAGCUGAUUUUAUGUCUUUGUUUCAGUGUCAGGGUCGUGAUUAGUGAAUGCUGGCUCACUCACUCACUCACUCACUCACUGACUGUUCUUACUAGGACUCUUGGAAAUAAUGGAGCUAUUGUUAAUGUAAUAAGUAUCAACAGUUCUCUCCUUACAAUGAAAAGUCAGGAUGUCACAGAGGAGAUAUACAUUUCUGUCUAUCUAAAGCUCUACACCUUACUCGGUAAAUGUAUAUAUUCAUCGCUCUGAUAUUUGGCUGUUAAAAAUUCUCACAGGGUUUUUUUCUGUGUUAUGCUUCGUAAAUCAGCUCUAAUUACCAAGGAUCAACAUAAGCAGUGAAAGAGAUCUUAGCAGUAUCUUAAGCCACGGAGGCAGUUGGUUUAAUGUUAUCUAAAAAACAGCUGCUACCUGCCGUCGCUGAGAGAGUUUUAAUUUCUGCAGUAUUAAUUUAAAAAGAGAUGAUGAAAUAAGAAAGAGAUGAAAUGUAGUUUCUGUGUUCAUUAAGUCUCUCUAGCCCACUCUGAAUGUACUUUUCUCCACAGAGCAGCCAUUGUUUGAUUAAAGAGGAGUGAGUAUCUAAACACAGACAAAAACCCUGAUUUGAUCACUGGCUUGUUAAAAACACUGGUGUUUGUAUCAGGGGUAUGAACUGUACGACGAUUAUAUACGGUUAAGCUUACUUCAUUUAGUGUCGUUAUUCAGUGACCGCAAUCCUUUGCCUGAUAUUUCUGGGGACAUUUUUACCUGUCACACUUGGAAAAGCACUUGCAUAAUUAAUAAUAUUAAUAUUGACUGAAUUCCAUUUAGCUCCUCCAGUUACAGCGUCCUGCGUGGUUUGGUGCAUGCUGCUGGCUCGUACCAUCUCUUUCAUUGGUAACAGCUGUGCUUUCCCUCCUUCAAAGGGGGGCUUUAAAAUUGUACACAGUUCACUUUUAUUGGCCCUCGUCUCAGAAUAAACCCACAUUCAUCUUUGAUUACUCUGCAGUUUUUAGUAGGGACUUUACCAAGAGAUUAAUUCUUGUGUCAAUUAACUGACUAACAGCCAAUUAUUGUUGUUACGACUACUGUUGAAAACAGAACGAGGCGCCUCUUUGUUCAGUUAUUAGUUAAAACGUAGCUGAUGACCAAAUAUUGACAGUGUAAUGAAAAGGGACUCCUUUCAUUUUCAACAGCUGCAGUAGCUACAACAAACACAGACCCAUCCUGCUGAAAGUCUGUGAUUAACAGGGUCAGACACUAAAACUGAAGACUAGUUUAGAAAGACGCUGUAUUAUCACUCUUCCUCCUGUAGUCCUACAUCUAAGCUCCAGUGAGAAGUUUUUUGAUGAUUGUUAUGAAAUAGACUGAAAUUUAUAUGGAUGCAUUUUUAUGACGUACAAAAGCAAAAACCCUAAUUCUUGUUAUUAAAAACAGCAUACAGACAGUAUAUCCAAGUAGUUUUACAAAAUAUACAAAUCAACAGGAGGACAAAAAAACAGACAAAAAAAACAUACUUACAUUCACUCACAAAAUAAUAAUACACAACAGGCCUGUGAUGUAUUUUUACCUUAAGAUAAAAGAGUCAUAUUUAUAUCAAUAUUAAACAGUUGCAGUAAGAUUCAUUUUGAUUAUGUAUCAAUGCGGUUUUGCACCAGAAAACGCUCCCAGGACUUUUUAAAGUUCUCAUCAUCAUUAUUAAUAUUAGCUAACAUUUGUUCAUAUGAUAUUACUUCUAACAUAAACCUCAUCCAAUUUUUUAUAUCUGGCAUAGCUACACUUUUCCAUAAGCUGAGGAUCGCUCUAGCAGCUGUGACAGUCCCCAGCUUUAUCACAACAAAAUCAUGUUUAAAUAUAUUAGGUAAUUCUGUUUGAUUUCCCAACAGGCAGAUUCGAGGGGAUAGUGGUAUUGCUAUAUCUAAAGACUUUUCAAUAGAUUCUAUUACUUUUUCCUAAAAAGGUAACACAAGUCUACAUUUCCAAAUUGCAUGUAAAAAUGUUCCUGUUUGAUUCUGACAUUUCCAACACAGAUUAUUUCCCAUCACACCCUGGCAAAAACCUUCAUUCUUAAAUAUUUCGAGUUUUUGAGUAGCUUAGAUCUCAUUUGUAGGAAUCCAUCAUCUGGUUUGAGCUCAGAUUUACUCCCUCUCACCUUGGUUUCUGUUUAUGAUUGUAGUAGUCAUAGUGCUGCAGCAGGCUGCGGCAUAUGGUCGAAAAACAUUUAGCAUGAAUAGAAGAAGCAAACAGAGCACAAUUCACUGAUUUAAUUAUGGCUGAUCAGAUGCCAUCAUGCAAGGGUAGCUCAAAAUCUGUUUUGAUGCUUUGCUCAGGAAGCCCAUCAGCAUAUAGAUUUCCCAAGAUUUGUGGUCCCCUUCUCUGUAGUGCCCCUGCCAACAAAACGAAGCUUGCAUUUUUUUUCUUUGUACAGAUCUGCAUAGCUUAAACUCAAGAUCCAUUAACUGCAAGUAAAUCUUAAGAAAACUAGUUUCUUCAUGUGUUUUACUCCAGAGCAAAGCCUCUACUCUUUACAGAAAAACUGGGACUUACCAGAAACAGAUGCUCUAGUGGAUGAUACAAACCAAGACAUGAGUAUUUUAUAUAUAUCAAAUGAAGUUUUGCUUGAUUGUUUUAAUUUGGGACAAUUUUCAGUUGGGAGUUUUGUUGGCUGCAUAAAUUAAGAGAAAUAGAGAAUUCAGUGAGCUUCUGAAACUCAUUACAAUUUCCAAAAACUGGUUAAAAAUCUGCAAAUGUCUCCUUGUAAUACCUGUGUGUGUCUGCCACGUCAACUUUAAAAUGUUCAUCUUGAGAUAAAAGUAAUUUGGAUUCAAAGUGUAAAAAAACUGUAGCUUCACUUUUUGGCCGCAAUUACUAACAAAGCAGAGGUUAAGAGAGACUGCAGUCACUUUCCUUCUCUGCUGUGAAGCAAUUAUUUUCAGUUUGUUUAGUGUCAGAGUACGGACUCCGCUGCUUAUCAGUAAAUUGAGGAUUUCUCAUUUUCUCUGUUGUGAUUCUUUCUCUUUGCAGGGACUUCAGCUGGGCACAGAAAACGCUAAUGAUGGUUUCAUAACAGAGGAGCUGUGAAGAGCUCCUCUGUUGAUAAGUCAUUUCUCAGUUUGGCAGCCGGUUACAUAUAUCUCUACAUUUUGUCAGGCUGUUCUUUUCAUGACUGAGCGAUUCAAGUUUCCUGUGUAUCACUUCUGAAAGCCAAACUUCACCCUUAAUUGCUUACAUGAUAGAGAGUGUGUACAGGUGGUCAAGUCAAAGCUGCUUGAAGACUUAAAACUGAUGCUGCCAAUUUUACACUUAGAUCCUGUUGCCAUGGAGAUCAGUACAUGUUUGUUUAGAGCAGUGGGUCAGCAGAAAGAUAAAAUAAUAAUAGUGCAGGCAGGCGGACAGUCUUAGUUUACAUUAGCCAGAUCAAAAAUGAUUGCCGGGUGAUACAUUUGACUUUUUAAAAACCACAAGACUGCGUUUGAGUUACCUUGGUAGUCAGAAGUUCGAGCUGGGAAUGACCUCACACCCGAGUUACCAGCGUUUCAGUUACCAAAAAGCAGCAGAAAGGCUACAGGGUCCGUAAGGGUCCCAAAGCACCCCCAUCAUUUAUGCUUCAGUUGUGGUUGGUUUCUACUGUUAGAUACUGUUCAAUAUUGCACGUUAUUACAGGACGUGGAGCGUGCCUCACAACAUGAGGGAGCAGCGUCUGCCUCACAACCAAUCAGGUCGGAGAGGUGGAAAAAAGCUUUGUUUACAGACAGAAAGAGCGGCCCGCCCAAAAUUUUAAGAUGUUGACUACACAGGCGUAGAACACAGCGAUGUCAUGAUAUUCCCUAAUGUCAUCAAUAACUAAUAGAUAUUGACUGAUAUUAAAAGCUUUUUUGUAUAUAUACCACAAAAAACAAGGCUUCUUUAAUGGAUUCCUGCUAACCCCACCUUUAAAGAACAGAGUAAUGAUAUCCUAACUGUUGAAUUAUACUUUCUGAUGCAUUUAUCAUAUCGCACAGCCAGUAGUCUGUUUUAUUGAUCCAAAGCAUCCAGUCAUGUUUCCUCAUUAAGGUGAUCUUAUGCAAGGCGUAAUGUGGAGUGUGCUGGUGGUUACUGAGAAUAGCAUCCAGACAGAGUCGAUAAGACCCCUCAACAGAAGCUAGCGUUUCUUUAAUACCAGUGGAACGAGAUAAAAUAUGAAACUCUUCUUCUGUGUGUUGAUUUAAUAUGGUGUGUGUGAUCUGACUACUGUUGUAUCAGAAUCAAGUAUUUAACACAGCUUGAUGGUAAAAAUUCUCCAGGGGUAUCACAGGAAGGAAAUCCUUUUAGAACAAGUCAGAGUCCAUAUGAGUCCACUCUGUCGUGUAGAGUUUGACUACCGAUAAACUCAUCCCAUUAGGCCCCAUGAGGUGAGUCAGCAGUGUGAUUAUUUGAAACUAUAUUUCUGGUGUUUUUAGUUAAAUGAAAGUAGCAUCGGUGUGUAUCAGUACCAAAUAUGAGCUUUGUGUGGUCUUAAACUUCUGUACUUCUGCUGUCUUUGUGUUGCUUCGUGUUCUCCCUCUGUUCACGCUGAGUCCCAUUGUGCUCCAAAGUUGAUAUUCCUCUUCUGUGAGUGUGUGUAUGUGUGUGUACAUGUGCAUGUCUCUGUGUGUUUGUGUUGUACUUGUAUUCCUAUCACCCCCACCCCCACCAUACCCCAAACCGCAUUAAUCCCUUGGGCCUAAAAAAGGAAAUCCCUGCUCUGUGCCCCGGCCUCCUCUUCCUGGGAGUCGCUAGCUGUGCGCUACGACUCCUACUCUCCACCGCUGUACUGUAGGCCUCUCCACCCAGGGCUGAACAUGCAGCGCUGUCUGCAGAAGAGCAUUAGCAAUUAGUGCAAGUUCUGACAGAGAGAAAUCUUUAAAAGUUGGUAAUUGCUUGAGCCGAACGGGCCAUUGUUGGUUCUGCGUUGGUGCAGAGUGUCGGAGAAAGUUCCCAGCUUAGGAUCAGCUUUCCUUCAAAAACACACACAUACACUGCUCGCUCAUGCACACAAUUCCCUUCUUCUCCUCUCCACCUCCCACUGUGUGAGAGGACCUGAGUAUGCGGGCUGUUGCACAGUUAAACUUUGGCGCUAACACAUUGUUCGUCUGAAGGCAUAAUUCCAUCUAUUGGCAGGCAGGCAGGCGGACAGGCAAGCUGUCAUUUUCCCUCUGAGUCAGGCUGAUCCUUACAGUUAAUGAUGAUUGGCAGGAAGGAAACCAGCGCAGUUAACCUCAAUACCUCCACUCCGAGUUUGUUAGACAAGAAGGGAUUUCACACUUGUACAGACUUUCUUUUGGCAAAGGGAGAAAAUUUUAAAUGCCAUAGAAAAUGUUUUUGGUUUUUCUACUGAAUGUUGAAAAUCAUGAAAUAAAAGAAACUUCUUCCAGCAUUAGAAAAUUUACAAACAUACAUUAAUUAUGCAUAUUUGGCUCUAGUUUUCCCCAGAGCGAGACAGGAAGAUUAUUUGUUCAUGAAGCCUGCUUCCGCUAGUUAGCUUAGCUUAGCUUAAAGUGUAAGUCAAGGAGCUCACUUAAUAUACUUUUGCAUCUGCUGUUACAACAAUGCAAAAUCCCCUGUUGUGCAAAUACCUCAGGAUUAUUAUUUUGUCUUAUAACCAAGCACAAAAGCUUUAAUAUUUAUGUCAUAUAUUAUUAUUCUAAAAUAAUGAACAAGAACGCGAUAUCCAUACAGCAAUAUCUAUACAGAAUAGAUGCCAAAUAUGUAUAGCCACACCUACCCUGGCCUAUCAUAUGUCAGUGCUUCAGUUGUGCCACCCUGGUUAGAUGUCUGGACACGCCCCGGUAUAGCUGCGCAGACAAACACUGGAAACUUUAGUGGAAACAGGCUUUAAAGUUUGCUCAACAAAAGCAGCAAGAAAACCCCCCUGAAAAGGAGAUACUGCAUCUCAGGGGCUAUCCUAAAUAAAUUAAAUUGAAUUGUAAACAGUCAAACUUUGACGUCUGCCCCAGAAAGACUGUGAAAAGGUGACUCCUGAGCUGGCGAGAUUGAUUACUGUAUGUGUAACAGUGAAUGAAUUGUGAGUGAGUUAAAGGUAAGGUAGGCAGGAAUCCGUUAAAGAAGCACCUUUUUUGUGGUGUAUAUACAAAAAAAGCUUUUAAUAUCAGUCAAUAGCUAUUAGUCAAUGAUGACAUUUGGUAAUAUAACAAUAUCAGUGUUCUGUUAUGUCUGUGUAGUCGAUUUUAAACUUUUUGAGCGCUCCGCUCUUUCUGACUGUAAAUAAAGCCAUCCUCUGCCUCCCCCAAACUGAUUGAUUGUGAGGCAGAUGCUGCCUGUGUUGUUCAGGAGCCCAAACAAAGUUAGCUUUCUCCAAUAUCGGACAGUAGAAAACAAACCAGGAGGUACAGAAAACUGUCUGAAUCCUCCUUUAGCUAUGACUGCCAACACAAGCAAGAAAAUGAAGUAAAUACCGGAGACUCUGGCGGAAUAACGGGCGCUUAAAAAGGAGGUAGACCGGGCAACAGCUAAGAAGCCAGAUCAACAAUGAUGGGGGAUGCUUUGGGAUCUUACGGACACUGUAACCUUUUUGCUGGACAGGUAAACAGCUUUAACAAAGUAAGCCAAGUGUCUGUAACAGAAGUGUUUCUUGUCAAACUGGACCUGCUGUAGCAUGGUGUAGUGCCACUAAACUGUUGACCUCGGGUCCUGGACUAUGUCACUUUAUCCUAGCUGUAGAGGUCCUGUAAACAUUGUGUUUGCUGGUAGUCUGUUGGCAUCUACAGUAGCACCAGUGCUUUUUACUUUAAUGUUGACUGGGCCUAUAUUGUAAUUAUCUGAAGUAUUUAUCUGCAUCAUAUCUGAAUUUAAUUGGAACGAUACGAGCGAGCAGGAGUGUCUGUUUGUGGGCGGGGCUUUCUGGAGCAGAGAUGGAGGGGAGAGGAGGAGCUGAGGGGAAAACUUUGGUCGGGAGGGGUAGAGUUUACAUUCAAGAUUUCUCCCCAAAACCUGGCACUUCCUCAGAUCCUGCGUACCCCACCUUUAACAGUUAGAGGACAGCACCUGUCACACAUCAGUUUUCCACAGGUAGAUCAGGACAGAAUCGAGAGAGUAAUGCUGGAUGGCAGGAGGGGCUUUACACUGCAUAUAACAGCCUACAUUAGUAUAUCUAACAACAAUGAACACAUUCCACAGUAAAAUGAUUAGACAGCUUCUUAAUUUACCCUAACAUGUCUGUGAAUGCUGAUAGCCUAUAUAACUAUACUAAAGUGGUCUCCUUUCCUCUCUCCCUCUCAGUUCUGCAGGUUGGCACUGAUGCACUAAAGUAGAUAAAUUAGAUUUGUUAAGUUUGUGUUUUUGUGUUUUGUUGCUGGUAAAUCUAGGUAAUGCUAUUUGGAGCUUAUGGCCUAGAUUCUCUGCAUAUCACAAAAUACAAUGAGCUGUGUGGUUGUAUAGAUUUAGAAAAAAGCCUCAAGGCAAAUAAUCGGCCUCUAUUGGGAGUCUUUUUCUUUAAUUUUAUGAUUUAACAAAAGGAUGUUGAAAGCAUGUCGGAGUAACGUCUGCCUCAACAUAAAGACUGACUUGGACAGGGGUGGUUCAAGUUUCACUCAGCUUGUAAGAGUAGUGUUUUUCUAAUGGCAGUGAAGUGGGUGUAUUACAUAACUUUCUGUGUUAAUUAUUGGAAAAAUAGAGGGGCUAUAGUAGUAAAAAUCCUACUUAAUUCUUCACUCAAAAAAGCCACUGGUGUAUUUACUAUUAUUGAAUAACUAUUCUAGAUGUCUUUGUCACAAACUGAUUAAGACUGCUUGUUAAAAAUAUUUUUUUCCCUCUGGAAUAUUUCCUGCUGACAUAGUGUGUAAAAAUAGUCUAAGUAGAGUAGAAUUGAUUGGGUCUUGUUAUUCUGGUUCCACUCUACUUUCUGCCUCACAGCUCGUCCUUCUGGAGACCUGUGCUCGAACCUUGUUGCCAAACUUCUUGAUGAAUGAAAAGAGCUUUUUUUUGUGAUGAGCAUAUUCUCUAUACACUGAGCGAAGGGUAGCUUGGAGGUAAAUUCACAUAUGAAUAAACUGAUACAGGUCUGCAGGUCAUUGCACCAUUAUGUGCUGUGGUUCUGGGCUGAAUUUCAACUUGUUCGUGUUUUUCUGUGCCAAACUCAGGGUUCUGGUUUCCAACAAUCAACAUUUGGCUUUCAGUGUUAACUCCACUUGUAUAAGAGUGUUUUCUCCUCUGUGCAGAGAGGCUUAUAUUGCUAAUAAAUACAGCUUAUUGGAUUUAACGCAUUGAUCUUUUAGUCCCUAAAAUAAUCUGAAGUGUUUUACUUUAACGGAUGAGACAGCAGCUGUGGAAAUUGCACCCAACUUAACCCUUUUCCUUUUCUGUCCCUCUUUUCAUCAUAGUUACCCAGAGAAUGGCGUGGUGGAAAUGCAACCCUGUCAUGUGCGGCCACGUGCCAGAACCCUGCUGAGGUGGGACCAGCUCGAGGUGGGCAUGCUUGUGAUGGUUAACUACAAUAUAGAGACGCCAGAUGAGAGGGGCUUCUGGUUCGACGCUGAGGUUCAGACUCUAAACCAAACCUCCCGCACAAACAAGGAGCUUCGAGUCAAGAUCCUUCUGGGGUGAGGAUCUCUAUGUGUGCUGCAGUGGAGUGAUAGCUGAUCCAUUUCUGCAGGAAAGCUAUCAUCCAAGCACACUUUUUUUUCUUCUUUGUUGCUCACAAAGAUGCUGGAUAUAACCUUGUCUCUCUAAUGAAACAUCUUUUGAUUCUCAUGUUCAAUUUUCUCCUGCUUUUAUCUUCCUCUCUUUGUGCUUUUCUUCAACUCUCUUUCUCUACCUCCCUUCAGAGGUCCCGGGGAUAUAAUCGGAGACUGUAAAGUUCAAUUUCUGGAUGAGAUCUACCAGGUGGAGAGGCCAGGAGCUCGUGCUCUCUCAGCUGCAGAUGGACAGUUCAAACGUGAGCUAACACUCUCUGACAAAUGUUUGAAGAACUCUCCACACCUUUGCUGCGAAAUCAUUCUAAAGCACUCAAACAUUUGUUUCCAGGUAAGAGCGGGCCGGAGUGUAAGCACUGCAAGGCCGACCCUGACGCGGAAUGCCGCUUCUGCUCAUGCUGCGUGUGUGGCGGGAAGCAGGAUGCUCACAUGCAGCUGCUGUGCGAUGAGUGUAACAUGGCGUUUCACAUCUACUGCCUCAACCCGCCACUGUCCACAAUCCCGGAUGAUGAGGACUGGUGAGACAUUCAUCCUUCCUAUAUUCACAAGCACUCUAGAUGGAUGAAUGGUGGACAGUACAGGGCUCGACAGUGCGACCGUUUCACUCGCAUUUGCGACUAAAAAAAGAUGUGUGCAAAUUGUAAAAUGUAUUUAGGGGCACAUGUGCGCAUAGAAAAAAUAAGCUGAGGCAACAGAUGUUUUCUAUAUAAGUACCGCAGCGAAGUUGGUUUUAGGUUGGAUAUCCGACUCACUGUGGAUCUACCGGUGUCUUCUCACUCUCCAUAACCAGGAAUAGCAAUAGCAGUGCGGUUAAAUCUACGCAGCAUCCUUGCUGUCAACGUCGGGUGUUGAAUAAGGGACCAUCAAUAAAUUACCGGUUGAUGUUCUCAGAAAAGGCUGUUUUCCUUUAAUAGCUUCCAUAUCAUGUGACCAAUUGACCAAAAAUUGAUUUCAAAUAAUAAUACAAAGGCUAGGCAAUGAAACACACCUCUUAAUUUUCCCUAAUUUGUCCUCUGUAUAUUUAAAGGCAAAUUUGGAACGUUUUCUUGAAUAGCUUCCAUGUCAUGUGACCAAAAGACCUAAAAUUGAUUUCAAAUAACAGUAGUUAGGUCAACCAAUAAGACAAACAUUUUUUGAUGAAUUUUCAUUCUGCCCCUAAAGUUCUUUGUGCGCUCCUUACUUUUUCAACUUAGAAGCACAUGUGCUCCUUGUGAAAAAAGUUAGUGUCAAGCCCUGCAGUAUCAGCUUAGGUUUAUCAGGGCAGUAAUUGAGGGGUCGCUAAUGUAAUAAUUGAAAGUCAUGUCACAGGUAUGAGGUUAGCUAAUGUAGCAGCUAUAAUGUCUCAGCCGAAAAGAGACUUUGGUUGUGAAAUCUUGGAUAUACUGAAUAUAAAUGUUUAUCCUACAAUGUAUUUUACCCCUACUUCAAAAUGAAGUGUCUCAACCCUCAUUUUACAGUUUCCUAUAUUGUCCAAGCUUUAUCAUGCAGAGUUCAGUUGCACCUCUUGAUAAACUGGCACUGACAAAAACAAUUUCCUCUCCUCCUGCCAGGUACUGUCCAACCUGUAAGAACGACACCAGUGAGGUAGUAAAGGCCGGAGAGAAGCUCAAAGCCAGCAAGAAGAAAGCAAAGAUGCCUUCAGCAACAACUGAGAGUCAAAGGGACUGGGGAAAGGUGAGAGCUAAAGGCAUCCACAGUUACACACACACACACACACACACACACAAAAACCAAAGAGACCAGCAGCUGAAAGAAGGAGAAUUCACUAUUAAGUCUGUGGACGGGACUAGUGUUCCUCUGAGUGUCUUGAAGUGUCUGCAAUAACAAAUUUAAAAUGCCUGAUCUUCAAAUCCACACUAUAAAGAUUUCUGUGCAAGUGGAAGUCACUAACAGAUUGUCUCAUCGCUAUUCUGUAACUUCUUAAAAACUAAAAAGCCAGACUUGACCCAAAAGAAGAAACACACUUCUUGUUCUUCUUCUGCAGUGUGCUGCACUUUUCUGUACAACUUCAUUUGCAUACUGAUAGGGAGAGAUGUUUUCUUCUGAUGUUCAGUAACUGGUUCCAAGAGGCAGACUGGAUUACUGCAUGGUUUAUUGAUGGCAAUAUUUAUGGUAGAUAACAGCUGGGACAUCUCAUGAACAGAGAAGCAAUGCAAUGACAGUGACUCAGAACGGCCAUGGCUUGAGAACGGCAAAAUCUAUAUGUGUUCGCAUCUCAUCCUCAUCGCAGCUGUGAGGGAAACAUCUAGAUCUCCUGAGAAAGAGAGGGGAACGUAGACUGUUCAGGAUCGGACACUUAAUCAGGUCGCUGUGUGGUCAAAGUAUGUGGUCAGUAACUCAUGUAACUGCAGCUCUAUAUUUGGUGUCUUAUGCGAUCAAAGACAUGUGCUCACAAAGAGUUCAUAUUAAUGCAAUCACAUAUAAAAAUGCUGUUGCGAAAGUAACAUUAGGCAGAAAUCUGAGUCUCUAUUCUGGGAACAGUACACCUUAAAGUUUGUGAUAUUAAUGUAACAUAAUUUAGUGUAACGAAGUUUGUGUGGACCAGAAUCUCACAGUCCCCAACACAAAUAUUGACAUUUCUGUCCUUGUUCGGCUCUUUAUCUUCGCAACGCUUUACAACUGACACACCUAUAAGCGUAAAUGAUGCACACAUCAGAACUUUGUAUGGUUGAAGUCACUUUCUGUGAUCAGCAUCUUAGAUAGAAAAUAGACUAAAUAACCUGGAUUGCAGGGCAAGAUCCUUCUUUACCGACCUCUGUCAGAGAUGGUUGGGAUCUAGGAGCUCCUCAAGCUGCUCUCACAUCUGUGCCCAGUAACUCUUAUUCUUCCCAGGCUCACAAGACCAGCAUCUACUUUGUGUACAUCUAUUUGGUGAAAUUUGCUUAAUAGAUUGAUUUGAUAGGAUCAGGUUGGCUCAGGCAUUUUUUGGCUCUUGAGAACAUUUAACCGUCAUUAUGGGAUUUUGACCAAUCAGAAUCAAGUAUUUAUAGUACAGUAUGGUAUUCAUUAAGCUUGUUUUUAGGCUGUAUUGGCUAGAUGAGAUAGUGUUGGUUCGUUCCACUUCAGUAGGGCAACAUAAGCUGUGAUUCAUAAAAUAGCUCUAUUGAUAGUAAGUACUAAAAAUAUCGACUCAUGCCAUCCGGUCGAUUUUUAGUAAUCAGAGUUUCGGUGUCGAACAAUUUCCUUUUGCGGCAUAGUGAUACUUGCACACGCGCAAUCGAAUAUGCAGAGGGGUGAAGCGAUUUUUGUCACGUGGACCAAUAGGAGCAGAGUCUCUUUGCCAUAGUAUCAGAAAUACACAAACAUGGCGACGAGCUCAUCUAGCAGCGAGGUGGAAGAAAAGAAAAGGAAAAAAAGAAAACAGCCUUCAAAAGUGCACAAAAAAGGAUCGAAACGAUGCUAUAUGCAUCUAUCAUCUGUCCAGGGCAAAGACGUUCUCGAGUUUACAAGGACAUGUUGGGAAACUUACAGAAGUAGUAUUAGAAAGUGGCUUUCCCUACAGGGUGGGACGAGGGACCUUGCAGCAACUUAUAAACAUUGCGUAGAUAUCAGCUUUGACAAUGUUCCUGAUGACUCUGGGUAUCACAUUCCAUGCUACCAGCGAUUUAUUUGCAAAAGGCGUUUGAGUUUGGCCGAAAGGAGACAAGAACGUGAUGCAGCCGCGGGUCAGUCCAACCCUUCAGCCAGCAUCGCCGGUGCAUCCUCGUCCACGGCAUCUGAAACUCCACGAAAGAAACUUCGCUCGAGGUCAGGGUCGCCAGUACCUUCAGCCGGCCCUGUUCUUCCAGCGUUGUGCAUUAUUUGCAAAAAAGUGGAAAAGCUGAUUCCUGUGGCUGGCAAACGACAAAGGGAUCAACUCACACGAGCCGAGACACUGACUGCAGGUAAGCCCCCCACACACACUAUUUGUCAUUGAUUUUGCAUGUGCUGUUUCUAUAUGUUGUACAUUCCAUUCAGUUACUUCACACACUACUUGAUGUGCUGUGUUUGAGCAUAAGGGCUGGGGGGAUGCUCUCCUUUUGUUCUCAAUGUAAGGGGGGGGGGGGGCGGGGGUCUUCUGUUCAAGUCAAAAAUGUUAAGUUAACACUUAUAAUGUGUGGGCUGCAACUAGUGCUGGGCGAUAUGGAAAAAAAUGUAUAUCACGAUAUGGAUCAUUUUAUAUCACGAUAACGAUAUAUAUCACGAUAUAGCUAUGGUAUGCUUUCAGUUCUAUGAAAAAUUCAAGUGUAUACAGCUGCACUAGUACAGUACCAGUACAAGAACAGCACUUAAAGUAGAAAAAUGAAUAAAUAAAUACGUGGCUGAAGUGCGUUCAUGUCUGUGCUCACCCAAAGUUAUGCAACACUCACAGAAAACGCAGAUAGUGUGAGCCAAAGCACUCCAUAAUAAUAAUAAUAAUAAUAAUAAUAAUAAUAAUAAUAAUAAUAAUAAUAAAUUUAAUUUGUAAUGCACUUUACAUUUACAAAAAAUCUCGAAGUGCUACAGUACACAGUAAAAAAAAGGGCAGCAACAAUAAAAAAAGCAAUAGAAUGACAGUCACAGAUUGGCAUAAAAAAAGAAUUAAAAAAAAUAAAAAAUAUAGUUGCAAUGUAAGAGGCAAGGUAGUAAAAGCAUAGAGGAAAACUAACCUAAGGCUUUAUUAAAAAGGUAGGUCUUUAGGGCUCUUUUGAAGAGGUUGUUCACACUGCUAGAUGUUUCUCCUCCAAAGCUGCUCUCUGCCUCCAUCAUUGUUUACUUUACUCUUGAAGCACGUAGCAAGACCCGAGCAUGAAUCCGAGCGCUUUAUUCGCCUAUCAGGGGCAGACAGGUAAGGUGAUUUGAUUCGCCACGACUCCAGAAAUGAUUGAAAAACUACAGAAUGUCACAAAAUUACGUUUCCUCGCUGCUGGCUUGAAGGGUAGAAAUGCGCAGCCGCGCUCCCAGCUGACAGGAAGUCAAACCACUGUUGUAGUUCUUUUGUGUUGCUAGCGCGGUCAAGAGUGUUGGCUGUCACUGAGAGAUGACUACAAAAAUGGACGCACCUGUUCAUCUGGUUGUUAAACACGGCUGAAAAUGAUCAUCUUUUAAUGUUGUCCCCGCUCCUGCCCACUCCCGUUGCUUUUUUUCCCGUCCCGUCCCGAUCAAAGGAUUAAUUAAAAAAUGACUCCCAUCCCGCGGGAAUCACGUGACCCACAGGAAUUCCCGAAAAAUGUCAUCCUCUACAGGGAAGGUCCCGGAGCAGAUGAAACAGGUGCCGGAGCGGCUGAAAUAGGUCCCGGAUCGCGCUCCGACUUGCUCCGGCAAAAAUUAAGCACUGCUUACAAUGAUCCCCUCACGUGUGUAACCCAGGUAACCCACAACGGCGGGAGACGCUGGACACGAAGAGGGCACGUAAAGCGGCGUCAUGUCGCAAAAUCGAAAGAGAAAUGCGAGCCUACAUGUCAACGCAUCCUUUUCUUUUUAAGAAAAUAUUGUUUUCUUUCCCGUUCGACACCAAAUACACUUACUGAAUGUGCAAUUAUUGUUGUUGUUACUAUGAAUCAUCUGAUGGCACAAGCCCUAUGGAUUAAAUACAGCCUAUCGCCCGAAACGAUAAAAAUAAAAAUGGCACGAUAGACAUUUUCUAUCGUGCCCACGAUAUCUAUCGUCCUAUCGCCCAGCACUAGCUGCAACUGUGAUGUAGUGUUCUGGUCUGUUUGGUAAGGGAGAUGUACAGAAUACAGAUAGAGACCAAGUCUGUAGUCCUUUGAUGAACUUAAUUUACAUUAUUAUAUUAAAUUGCUUUACAGCAAGGAGGGGAAGGGGGAAUUUUGUGUCUAAGGGGGGGGUGGGGGGGGGUUGAUAGGAGUGGAAUGCAGGGCUUUCAGGUCAGCAGGCCACUACUGCCAGCCCACAAUAAAUGCAGAUUUAUGGCUGUGCAAGAGAGAGGUCUUUUGUAGUCAUCAUGGCAAAACAAACCUCUGUCAUUGUGUUAUUUACAGCUCUUACCACAUACACACACAUGCACACACAUACAGCAUUUGGUGUACUGAUUUUUGUUUAUAUGUUUUAUUAAAGGCAGGUUGCUGAAGGCUGCUGAAUUGAAGGAAGACUCCAGCGUGCUUUUGCAUAUUAAAGACAAAGACUGUGUGGCCCAGGAGGUGCGGUACCACCGGUCCUGUUUCAGACACUACACAAGGUUUUUGACAAGGCCUGCAAUCCAAGAUGAAGCGUGAGUUAUUACAAUGCAUUAACGUUUUCUUACACAUUGCACAUUUCAAAAUGAGGCAUUGACAAACAACAUUGUUUAACUGUAAAUCCAAAGGAGUAAACAAUCUAUAAGCUUACAACACAUCACCUUGUAGGCUUGUAGAUCUACUAUUUCUGUUAUUUUUAAAAUUGAAUAAGUGUGAAGAUAUAAAUAUGAAGAUGAUGCGAAAAAAUGUGUUGAGAAAUAAUUUUGAUUGUAUGAUUAUGUAAAUGAUGAUUAUGUAAAUGUGACAUGACAACAACUGUUUACACAUGGUGUGUGUGUGUGUUUUCAGAAUUGAAACAACCUUCGCUGACAGCUACAAGUUCUUCUGUGAGACUGUCAUCCGUCAAAGGAUUAUAGUUAACCAGGAAGUGCUGAAAAUGAACCAGCUACAAAACACAUUUGUGAACAUAGUGAAGCAUCAAGAGGGUCUUGAUGCUUCAGGCUACAGGUAAAUGAAAUACCAUGUGUGUCUCUGACUGUUCUUGGAAAUCAAAAAAGAAAAGAAAAAGUACAUACCACAAAGUUAAUUGUUGUUAAUUUACUCUCUCACAAAAAAGGGUACUCGUAUGUGUAUAUAUAUAUAUAUAUAUAUAUAUAUAUACAUACACUCACCGGCCACUUUAUUAGGUACACCUGUCCAACUGCUCGUUAACACUUAAUUUCUAAUCAGCCAAUCACAUGGCGGCAACUUAGUGCAUUUAGGCAUGUAGACAUGGUCAAGACAAUCUCCUGCAGUUCAAACCUAGCAUCAGUAUGGGGAAGAAAGGUGAUUUGAGUGACUUUGAACGUGGCAUGGUUGUUGGUGCCAGAAGGGCUGGUCUGAGUAUUUCAGAAACUGCUGAUCUACUGGGAUUUUCACGCACAACCAUCUCUAGGGUUUACAGAGAAUGGUCCGAAAAAGAAAAAAUAUCCAGUGAGCGGCAGUUCCGUGGGCGGAAAUGCCUUGUUGAUGCCAGAGGUCAGAGGAGAAUGGCCAGACUGGUUCGAGCUGAUAGAAAGGCAACAGUGACUCAAAUAACCACCCGUUACAACCAAGGUAGGCAGAAGAGCGUCUCUGAACGCACAGUACGUCGAACUUUGAGGCAGAUGGGCUACAGCAGCAGAAGACCACGCCGGGUGCCACUCCUUUCAGCUAAGAACAGGAAACUGAGGCUACAAUUUGCACAAGCUCAUCGAAAUUGGACAAUAGAAGAUUGGAAAAACGUUGCCUGGUCUGAUGAGUCUCGAUUUCUGCUGCGACAUUCGGAUGGUAGGGUCAGAAUUUGGCGUCAACAACAUGAAAGCAUGGAUCCAUCCUGCCUUGUAUCAACGGUUCAGGCUGGUGGUGGUGGUGUCAUGGUGUGGGGAAUAUUUUCUUGGCACUCUUUGGGCCCCUUGGUACCAAUUGAGCAUCGUUGCAACGCCACAGCCUACCUGAGUAUUGUUGCUGACCAUGUCCAUCCCUUUAUGACCACAAUGUACCCAACAUCUGAUGGCUACUUUCAGCAGGAUAAUGCGCCAUGUCAUAAAGCUGGAAUCAUCUCAGACUGGUUUCUUGAACAUGACAAUGAGUUCACUGUACUCAAAUGGCCUCCACAGUCACCAGAUCUCAAUCCAAUAGAGCAUCUUUGGGAUGUGGUGGAACGGGAGAUUCGCAUCAUGGAUGUGCAGCCGAGAAAUCUGCGGCAACUGUGUGAUGCCAUCAUGUCAAUAUGGACCAAGCUCUCUGAGGAAUGCUUCCAGCACCUUGUUGAAUCUAUGCCACGAAGAAUUGAGGCAGUUCUGAAGGCAAAAGGGGGUCCAACCCGUUACUAGCAUGGUGUACCUAAUAAAGUGGCCGGUGAGUGUAUAUACAUAUCAGUGGCGGCUGCUGGUCUUUCAAGGAGGGGAAGCUCAUUUUUCUGGCCUUCAUCAUAAUUGUGUUUGUUUAUUUGUAUGUAGAGUCGCCAAACACAACGGCAGUCGUUUUAAACAAAGACAAAAGUCGCUGAGGAUCGGUAAGGUCUCCGGAGCAGUUAAGAACAACGGAAUGAAUAACUUGGAAAAUGCUCAGGUAGAUGUUUUAUUCUUCAAGAUCGCUGAUUCGCUUGUUUAGCUGUCAAUCAAAAAAGGAUUUCGCCUCAGACAGCUCAUCCAAUCAUGGAUGCAGAAGCUCAGCGUCCGCGAGAAGUUGGGACCGCCCUCUCGUCAUAGAACUCCAGAGAUGCUGAGCGUCCGAUGGGCGGGACAAAGCCCAGCAUUUAUCCAAUGAGUGUCUAGUUUCGCUGCUGGAACAACCCACUUUGAGCUUCCACAUUGAAGUCAGCAGAGGCUGAGCGUCCGGCUGUGUGAAGCGCUGAGGCGCUGCGAGGAUGAAUGAGAACGAAGUUAUGCCGGUUACCUGUGAUUAUCAGCUUCUUAUCACAGUGUGAUAAGAAGCUGAUUCUGAACAAAAGAUGAAGGCUUUCUAGUGCGUAUUUAGUUAAUGAAAUGUACACACAGCAGUACGUAUUUUACCACUUUUUCUUUUUUUGGGGGGGUGACAUUUUAAGGGAAGCUGAGCUUCCCUUGCAGUCUUAGAGCAAUCGCCACUGAUAUAUACUGUAUAUAUAUAUAUAUAUAUAUAUAUAUAUACACUGUGUGCAGAAUUAUGAGGCAAGUUGUAUUUUUGAGGAUAAACUUUAUUUUUGAACAACUGCAGUGCUCUUGGUCAAUCCAAAAUGUUAAUAAACCUCAAACCUGAAUAUUUAAGGGAGUAAAAGUGAGAUUUUGGCUUCCUUAGGAGAAUAUCUAUGUGUGCACAAUUAUUGGGGGCAGCUAUUAGUGUGCAGAAUUAUUAUGCAACUAAAUUGAAAAUUAAAAAUUUUCCAUCUCACUUGUUUAUUUUCACUUGUUAAAGUGAGAAUGAUAAACAAACAACUCAAUUUACAAAUAAAAAUUGUUGAAAUUAAAAAAAAAAAAUCAGUGACCAAUAUAGCCACCCUUCUUUUCAUUAACAGUCAUAAGCCUUUCAUUCAUGGAGUCUUUCAGUUUCUUAAUCUGUUGACGAUCAACUUUUUGUGUUGCAGCAACCAAAGCCUUCCAGACACUGUUCCAGACACUGUUCAGAGAGGUGUACUGUCUUCCUUCACUGUAAAUUUCCUGUUUAAGAAGGGCUCAGAAGUUCUCAACAGGGUUUAGGUCGGGUGAAGAAGGAGGCCAUGUCAUUAUUCUUUCGUUUUUAAGGCCUUUACUGGCGAGCCAUAUAGUGGAGUACUUCGUUGCAUGCAAUGGAGCAUUGUCCUGCAUAAAAAUCAUGGUUUUCUUGAAAGAUGCAGACUUUUUCCUCUACCACUGCUUGAAGAAAGUGUCUUCUCAAAACUGGCAGUGGAUUUGGGAGUUGAUUUUAAGUCCAUCUUCAACUCGAAAAGGUCCAGCUAGCUCAUCUUUAAUAAUACCAGCCCAUACCAGUACCCAGCCUCCACCUUGCUGGUGUCUGAUUCAAAGUGGAGCUCUGUGCCCAUUACUGAUCCAGCCACGGGUCCAUCCAUCUGGUCCGUCAAGAGUCACUCUCAUCCCAUCAGUCCAUAAAACCUUUGAAAAACCUCUCUUCAGAUAUUUCUUGGCCCAGUCUUGACGUUUCGACUUGUGUCUUGUUCAGUGGUGGUCAGGUUUCAGCCUUCCUUACUUUGGCCAUGUCUCUGAGCACUGAACACCUUGUGCUUCUGGGCACUCCAGGUAGGUUGCAGUUCUGGAAUAUGACAGCACUGGAGGAGAAGCGAUUCCUGGUAGCUUUACGUUUGAGUCUUCUCAAAUCUUUGGCAGUUAAUUUGCGUCUUUUUUUCUUAACACAUUUCUUGCGACCCUGUUGACUAUUUGCAUCAAAAUAUUUGCUGGUUCUGUGAUCACGCCCAGAUAUAUAAGCAAUUUCAAGAGUGCUGCAUCCCUCUGCAAGACUUUGUACAUUUUUUGACUUUUCAGAGUCACUUAAAUCUCUUUUUUGGCCCAUUUUACCUGAGGAAAAGAAGCUGCCUAAUAAUUAUGCACACCUUGAUAUAGGCUUUUGAUCUCCUUAGGCCCCAGCCUCCCUCAUUACACUAAUACACAUUACCUGAUGUGCUUAUAUCCAAUAAGCAUUCAAGUUUAUACAGCUUGGAGUUGGAAAAUAUGCAUAAAAAUGAUUAUAUGAUCAAAAUACUCACUUGCCUAAUAAUUGUGCACACAGUGUAUAUAUAUACAUACAUACAUACAUAUAUAUAUAUAUAUGGACACAAGCACAGACACACACACUUGUUCUCAUCUUCUCCUUUUGUGUUUCAGGCUGGAUCUACUGAAAAGCCGGUUGAUGCGUGACUUCCCCCAGCUCAUUUUUCACUGCCCUGUGAAGAGAAACAUCUGUGAACUUGUUUUUGUUGAGACACUAUCAGCAGAUAGACUAUUAGACAAGCUACCACAACAGUCAGGUACAUCUACUAAGUCCACUGAGGUAAGCCAUGCUGAAAGCCAAACUGAAAGUGACAGUGAACACAUGGCCAGCACAACAUCUGGACAGGAUACUGCUGAAGUCACAAGGACACUGUAUAGAGCAGGACUGAUCUUGAAGAGGCUUCUAAGUGAAUCUCCCAGUAUGACAUGCCCCUGGCCUCCCACCGCUGACGAUUUAAAUGUAUCUAAUGCUCAAUCUGUUGUGCCAGUUGAACUGUAUAAUCUAAUUGCCCGGAUUAUAGGGGCAGCAGAAGAACCAACAGUAGGGUGUUCUGUUAAUAUUCCUGAAGAUGUUAAGCUUAAAGUUUUAUCUGUUUGUCAAGACAUUGUCUACCUUACAUCUAAAGGUCGUAAGUAGACACCAAAGUCAUUGUGCCUUGGUCUAACUGUACACCAUUUAACAGGUUCAUCGAAUCUUCUGUCACUACUAAGUAGACUAGGACAUUGCGCGUCAUGGAACACAGUUCUCAGUCUAGACACUAGUCUAGCAGAACUACAACUACUAGAGACCAGAGACAAAAUCCCAAAGGGAUUCUCAAAAAAGGUGCCUACAAUACUGGUGUGAGACAACAUUGAUUUUGGGGAGGAGACACUGUCCGGUGGUGGAACUACUCACCAUACAAAUGGCAUUAUGGUUUAAAGUUGCUCAAUCAAGGACAGACAGACAGCCACUAAAGAAGGCAGUUUACACAUUCAAAGCACCUCCUAGCUUCCCUGUAGAACACUACCAACAGUCUAAAAGACAAGGGCCACAGAACUUGUUUCACCAAGAAAGUGUACCAUUGGAGCAGGAAACAUACAGGUUGAAUACUGUGUCUGCUGCCAAAACUGAACUGGCAUAUGCUUUAUUAAAGUACGAAGAUGCUGAAGCAUGCACAGUGCCAAGCUGGACAGGUCUCCAUACAAUGCUUCAAAGUGAUGUGACUUUGCAAUAGUCAGCACUGUAUUACCUUCCUGUCAUUGAGGCUUCACCAACAGAGAUGUCAACUGUUAACACAACUCUGAAGAGAAGUGUUGAAAUUGCUGAUGCCAAAGCUCAACAAAUCCGCUGGAAUAAUGAUGAGUUCACAAAGUGUCUAGUUAUUAGACUAGGUGAGUUUCAUACAUCCAUGUCCUUCCUAGGUAUUUUAGGAAAAAGGUUUGGUGAUGCAGGAUUGCAAGUUGUACUCAUUGAGUCAGAAGUUGUUGCCCCAGGAUCCAUCAAUGGGGUGAUCAGUGGUCAUCAAUACAACCGCAGCAUGAGGGCACACAAACUUAUGUAUGAGAGUCUGCAAUGCGCCAGACACCACAGGAGAGAGAUGAGUGCAUACAUGUCAUCAGUGAGAUCAAAGACACAUUCCCAGACAGAAUAACAGAUGUUUUGUGUGGACAUGAGAAAUUUGAUCAGUUGUGUUCAAAUUACGCUGUCUUUGUGGAGAAGAGAAGUGCAGAAAACCCAACGUUUGCCUUCUGGACUUCCUACAUUGACAUGGUGCACUUAUUCCUUCUGUUUGUGAGAGCAACACGCGAAUCAGACUGGCAGCUUCACCUGUCAACAGUGCGUUUGAUGAUGGCAUGGUUCUUAACUUAUGAUCGUGUGAACUAUGCUAGGUAUUUGCCUCUGUACUGGCUGGAAAUGGUCAAUUUGCCUUACACACAUCCCUCUUGUCACAAAGAUCUCGCUGUGAGAGGCCAGUGGACAGUCCAACGACAGAGUGCCCAUGGAUCUGCCUCAGUUGCUUGUGACCAGGCUAUUGAGCAAACAUGCAACAGAGAUUCCAAGACAAAGGGUGGCUUGAUAGGGAUAACACAGAAUAGGGCUACAGUGUCCCGCUGGAUAUUGUCACAACAUGAAAGAGCUGCCAUAGCUGGACAAUGUGAGUCAAUGGCUGGUAUAUCUCAUGAAACACAUAGACGAAAAGAUCUAGACAGCACACGGAUUCAGGUAAUGAAAAGGCUGUGACCAGAAUAAGUUCCACCAUAGAUUCCAUGCUAAACCCAUUUGCCAUACACCAAGAUGGCAUUGUUUGUCUUAGCUUAGGGACAAUAGCAGCUGAAGAUGUCCAGAAAGAUUUGCUUGGAGUACAAGAAAGGGGGGGAAAAGCAGUCAAAGAGUUUAUAGACAAAAGACUGUUGUUAAAGUCAGUUGACAUAUUCGCCCCCAUCAAGGCACAAAAACUGAAGACCUUCAGUGACCAGGCAAGAACAAAAAAAAAAUCUGCAGCUGGAAAAGAUGUGAUUCUGCGUGCAGACAAAAAACUGUUCUCGAGACUACUCAUUAUUGGUCAGAGUAGGAAGAUAGACCUGAGGGAAAUUCCUACUCCUUGGGAACAGUUUCAUAUCCUUUAGCCAGUACUGAUGGGUCACUAGCCAAAACAGACAAAUCAGCUCUGAUGAAUCUAUUGGAGGACAAAGGUGGAGACUGCUUAGUUCGAGAAGUUCCAUCAGAUGGAGCUAUUCUCAUUGAUGGCAUGGCAGUCAUUCAAGCCAUUCAUUGGAGACCAGCUACCUUCGGAGAGCUGACUGAUAACGUAGUACAGCACAUGGUCAAGCUCGCUCUGCAGCACAAGUGUACACGGAUAGACUUUGUCAUUGACCAAUAUCCAAAAAUUAGUUUUAAAAACCCAGAGCGGUCACGCAGAGCUGGGGGCGGUACACAGCAGGAGCAAAUAUAUGGACGGGAUCAGAAGGCACCAACACAAUGGAAAAAGUUUCUAUCAGACGGAACAAACAAAGCAGUGCUUACAGAAUUCCUCUAUGUUGCAUGGCGAGAUGCAGACCUUACCGUUCUGGGCAGGGACUUAAGCUUGUACAUAGCACAUGGGGAACUGUGCCACUGUGUAACUGUGAAAGAGGGUUCACAAACUGUCAGUGCUGUUCAAGAAUUGACGUGUGAUCAUGAAGAAGGCGACACUAGGGUGUUUUUACAUGCACAGCAUGCUGCACAAGAACAUCAAACUGUCGUCAUCAAAAGCCCUGAUACUGAUGUGACAGUGAUUGCUGUAAGUCUGCAGAGAGAUUUACAGUGUAGAUUGUAUUUUUUCACUGGAGUAGGCAACAAAACGAGGAUCAUUGAUGUGGCUAAGGUGUCAGCAGCUCUUGGCACCAGUGUUUGUUCAGUACUCAUUGGCAUCCAUACGUUCACAGGUUGUGACUCGACCAGUGCCUUUCAUGGCAAGGGCAAAAGAAAAACAUUUUCUGUUGCUUGUCAGAAAGAAGACUACCUGACUGGGUUUGCAAAUCUGGGCAACAGUUUUAACCUUGACCAAUCCACCUUCAACACACUGAGUAAUUAUGUGUGCCACCUGUAUGACCAGUCAUCUGCCAAAAAUGUCAAUGACGCCAGAUACAAAUCUUUCUGCAUGGCCUCAUCAGCUCUGCCAGAACUGUCCAUUCCCUCAACAAGUGACGCCCUGUACCAACACUGCAUGAGGGCAAACUACCAAGCAGCAGUGAUGAAACAUUCUCUGACUGGUAAAAUGUGUGCCCCUUCACCCAUUGGCAGUGGGUGGCACAUUGAAGAUGGGGAGUUGGCAGUGACGUGGAUGACUACAAAUCCUGCCCCUGAUAGUGUUCUGCAGAUAGUCCACUGUAGUUGCAAGACAACGAAAUAUGAGACUGAAUGAUGUUCUUGCAUGUCUGCAAGACUACCUUGCACAGAUUUAUGUUGGUGCCAAGCAUGUGAGAAUGCUUCAAAGGAAACAGAAGAAAGAGUGAUAGUGAUGCAUAAUAUAUGCACAAUGUCACCAUGCCAAGGAUUGCUACACCAUUUGUGUUUUGAUCUUUAUUUUGUAAAUAAAUGUAAGAUGUUUUGACGCUGUGAAUAAAUGUUUUAUACCAUAUUUUGAAUUGAUUCAGACCCUUUGUGCAUUUAUUUUUGUCUUGUUACAUUUUUUUUCAUUAUUCCAAUUUUCGGGGGCGUGGUAGCAAUUUGAUUGACUUUCAGACAUUUAUGGCCAUGAUGUGCUGUUUAUAUUUUAUUGCUUUUAUUACAAAGUAGGUUUGUCAUUUUUAUGUAUGGAACAUAAGCUUUUAGCUUAAUUUACUGUAUAUAUUUCAUUGUGCUGGGUGCAAAUCACUUGAGUUGAGACGUUUUCUUCAAGAAAUUUGCUACCUGUCAUAAUCUGAAUUCACUUAUGGUAUACUAAGGCACCAAUAACUGUUUCAGAUGUCAGGUAGAUGUAUUUAUGACAUUUGAGAAAGAUUUUGUCUUGCCAGAAUCAACAUAGCAGUUUCUACAAGCAAAAACAGCAUCACCAUAUAAUUGCUUUUUGGGUUACUCACAUAUACGUACAUUUCUAGCUGGUGACAAAAGUCGGACAGAUAGUCUGAUUAGAUAUUUUAACCCAAAGUCCAGAAUGGUAUUGUCUAUGCAAAAAUGCAUUGAACAAGUAGCACCAGCGUAGUUGAACAAAAUUCACUUUCUAGGCACUUUUUCCUUUGUCCCAAUACAGCUUAUGAUCUCGAGCGAAAUUUCUUUCGCGGAGUUUCUGAUGCCGUGGACGUGGAUGCAUCGGCGAUGCUGGGUGAAGGGUUUGACUGACCCGCGGCUGCAUCACGUUCUUGUUUCUCAAACGCCUUUUGCAAAUAAAUGGCUGGUAGCACGUCAUGUGAAACCCAGCGUCAUCAGGAACAUUGUCAAAGUCGAUAUCAACGCAAAGUUUAUAAGUUUCUGCAAGGUCUUUUGUCUCACCCUGUAGAGAAAGACACUUUCUAAUACUACUUCUGUAAGUUUCCCAACGUGUCCUUGUAAAGUCGAGAACGUCUUUGCCCUGGACAGAUGACAGAUGCAUAUAGCAUCGUUUCGUUCCUUUUUGUGCACCUUUGAAGGCUGUUUUCUUUGUUUCCGUUUCUUUUCUUCCUCCUCGCUGCUCGAUGAGCUCGUCGCCAUGUUUGUGUAUUUCUAAUACUAUGGCAACGAGACUCGGCUCCUAUUGGUCCACGUGACAAAAAUCGCUUCACCCCUCUGCAUAUUCGAUUGCGCGUGUGCAAGUAUCACUACGCAAAAGGAAAUAGUUCGACACCGAAACUCUGAUUACUAAAAAUCGACCGGAUGGCAUGAGUAGAUAUUUUUUUUUAGUACUUACUGUCAAUAGAGUUUUUUUUAUGAAUCACAGUUUAUGUUGCCCCACUGAAGUGGAACGAGAUUCACUUUCUAAGCACUUUUUCCUCUGUCCCAAUACAGCCUAUUUUCAUGCAGCACACGUAUAUUUCAUUCCUUUAACCUUAUUAAAACUUGUUUGUUGUUCAGUAUCUUUUAUAUGUUUAACAUUUAUCAUCUCAUUUACUGAAUCUGAGAUGAUUUGUUGUUGCAUAUGAAGAAUUUGAGCACCUCUUUGAGGCUCAGUGAAACAUUGCCAGAGCGGACCACAGCUUUUUCUUUUUUACCAGGUAAAAAAUAAUUCAUAUUGACAUCAUUUUGCAAAGUGUUUGUGAAACUAUACUACAUUAAUACCAUACUUGAUUUUUUAAAUUCCAGUAUUGAUUUGAAAGCUUUGCUUGAUUCAUCAUAGUAUCUUUCUCAAUGUCAAAAUAACAUUCACCGUCCUUUCUCGGUAAAAAGUGAAAAUGAUCUCAUGCGAGCAGCAGAGGCAGAAAAUGAGAUAAUAAGAUAGCUGACAUGAAUUUUAAAUAGUUUCCUCUAAAAGCAUCUGUUUCUAGCAUACUGUUCAAUGUUUUCCCUCUAAAUCCCCUCAGAGUCUCCUCGUGGCUAAACUUUGAGAUAGUGUCUGCUGGCCUGGCUGACGCUCUGCUCCAUGGUGUAAUGUGAACAAUACCAUUAAGCAUGACUCUGCCACUUUCCUGGAACUGCCAGUGGAAAAAUAACUCAUUUCUUUACCAGAAUGCUCCGGACUAAUUGAAAACAGUUUUGCUUGUGUGUUCAAGCAAUUUAAAUACGCACUUUUCACAUUAUCUCAAUUUAAAAUGCUUAAAAUACUUUGACUAUUACUCACCAUUUUUGGAAAAGGCACAGCUAAUAAAUGGGACACGGAAGGAUCUUUAGUCGGGUCAGGGCUUGAUUUGAUUUUGCAAAUUUUACUCUCAGAUGAAGCAUUUGAUCUCCUGCUUAUAUUUAUUGGAAUUCAAUCUCAAAGUGUGUGUUGUCCUUCUUGUUGUGGUUUCAGGGUAUGGCUUGUGUGGGGCGUACCAAGGAGUGCACAAUUGUUCCUUCAAACCACUAUGGACCCAUACCUGGUGUCCCUGUUGGAACCACCUGGAAAUUCAGAGUUCAGGUAACCUUUUAACAAGGAGGCACAUCAUAUAAGUUUGUCUCUAGGUCUUUUUUAUUUAUUUAAAAGCUAAUAUUUUACCUUCUUUUGUUGUAUUUAAUCUAUUUAUUUACUUUUCUUUGCUUAAUUUUUCACUGUUUCAGGUGAGUGAAGCUGGUGUUCACAGGCCACAUGUAGGUGGUAUCCAUGGACGCAGUAACGAUGGCUCUUAUUCGCUGGUGUUGGCUGGCGGCUUUGAGGAUGAAGUGGUAGGCUGUUUGUUUAUUAAGUCAUCAUCAGUGGAGUUCGCUCUAUAUUGGGCGAUCACUUUUUAAUGGUUCUGGUUUCCUGUAGGAUCGGGGAGAUGAGUUCACGUACACGGGCAGCGGCGGUCGGGAUCUCUCAGGAAACAAACGGAUUGGAGAGCACUGUUUUGACCAGACCCUGACACACAUGAACAGGUGUGUUACUUCAGAGGAGACCUAUAAUACUCAUUUUCACCUUCAUAAUAUAAGUUUGAGACACAUGAGACACACAUUUUUCAUCUUAUACUGGUAUCCAUGAAAACCCUCAUUUUAGCACUAUUUAGCCACUACCUCAAAAGUUGUUUUGGCUGCUUUUCCUGUGAUAUAAAGUCAGAAACAGCUCGUGGGUGUUACCUUUUACACAGCUUGUGGUCGCGAAAUCACUUGCAAAUUUUGCCUUUACAGAAAACCUCUAAAACUAGCAGUUAGUAUCCACAUUAUCCUUAUUACCAUACGCCCCCUGUUGUUACCUUAGCUGCUGUUGUUAUCACAGCUUGUGUGGAGCCUGAAAGAAAGGUCUUUAUUGACGGAACAGCUCCAGGCUUCAGUAACAGUUUAGGUGCAGAUCCAGCUGGAGUUGCCCUUUAUCUACAGAGGAGUGAUUGGUGAUACUUCUUAGUUCUUCAUUUAUUUAAAACAUCUGAACCUGUUCAUAAAUGUGUUGUAUUGUUGUCCUUUAAGUUGCACAUCAGUUUAAUGUCAAUGAGGUCUUUAAAUCUUGUAUUUAUUUCUAAAAUAUAACGUAAAUAGAAAAUGAAACAAAGUUCUGAAACUUAAAUAUAAAACUCACUUGAGUGACCAUCUUCUCAACCUCAAUCCUUUACCAAUGAGACACGAACAUCCCUUUUCAUUCUUCUAUCAUGUAAAUAACUUUCCUUUUUGUUUAAAACUGAUGUUAUUUGACUCUUCCAGGGCGUUGGCUUUAAACUGCGAUGCGCCUCUUAAUGACAAAGACGGCGCAGAGUCGAGGAACUGGCGGGCAGGGAAGCCGGUGAGAGUGGUGCGCAGCUCUAAAGGUCGACGUAUCAGCAAAUAUGCUCCUGAAGAGGGAAACCGCUACGAUGGGAUUUACAAGGUACAGAGGAGUUAAUUUGUGAUGAGUUAAUCUUUGAAUGUCGAGGCUUAGAAUAUAAAGACUCUGUUACCAGUACGGAACAAUACAUAAAAUCAUGGUAAUGUGUCAGAAAUGUAGAGUAGUGUGGUGUGGUCAUAUAAAGUGUUACAUUGGUUUCUAGCUUGAAGGGUUUCUCCUGAGGUAUUCUGCCAAAUGAAUUUAUACACUUUUAUUUCUCCCCAAAUAUCACAUAUACUCUUCAUUGUGGUGAUGUUUUUGUUUUCUGUAUUCUUUGCAUUCUUGGCUUGACAAAGAUUUACAAAUAUUUAACCUUCAACAGUUCAAGCUUCAGAAUAGAAAGAGUCACGGUUAAACUUUUCAGCGGUUUGAGAUGUUCUGUUUGCAUUUUUACAGACUUCUCUUUCGUGUUCCUGCUUUUUGGCUUCCAGUGGGAUUUUCCACUGCAAUAUUAAGAGUGGCCUCAAAGCAACACUAGAGGCGGGUUGAGUGGCAGUGACAUAUCCAGGUCUGCUUGUUAAGUUCAUGUCCUCAUCACUUGGAGGCCUGCAGGACUCAGAUUUGUCACACGCAUCAGACUCCAAAACAUAACAACUCGUUAACUAUACAAGAAACCUUGCCACAGCGUCUGAGUUUGUGCAGGAUUGUUUACAGCACCUCUGGAGCUCUUGAGCUGAAGAAUUUAACGUUUUCUGUUUUUUUUUGUAAAAUUUCAGGUGGUAAAGUACUGGCCAGAGAUCGGAAAGUGCGGUUAUCUUGUGUGGAGGUAUCUGCUAAGACGGGAUGAUAUGGAACCAGCACCGUGGACACCUGAAGGACUGGAGAGGAUCAACAAACUAGGCCUUGCUAUUCAGGUUGGGUGCUAUUUUUUCUCUUUUCAGAUACAACAGAUUACGGGUACAACGGUUAUCUGUUCACUUAAUCUUCAGGUCUCCCCCACUGUGUCUCCACAGUACCCACCAGGUUACUUAGCAGCCAUGGCUAACAAAUCACGAAAGGAGGCCUGUGCCAGACCGGGUCGCGGAGGCCGGACUAAGCACUAUCCUGGUAGGGGGAGGCCGAGGAGACAACGCAAGAUCAGAGAGAAAGAGGAGAAUGACGAGGACGAGGAGGAUGAGCAGCUGAUGCCUCCGAUGGAUGAUGAAGAGCCCCAGAGUAACGGAGAGGAGAAGACAAACAGAGAAUGCGGUGGGUGCUUUUACAGAUGGAGUUCAGAGCAGGUCAGACGAGGUGUUGUGAGAAAAGGAAAGGUGAGGACAGCGUAAACAGUGAAACUACCCUAAGACAGCUAUAAAUACUUCACACUUUAUCACUAUAAACUCCACCAGCAUCGUAUUUUUUUCUCACUCACCUCCAAUGCCUUCUUUUUUCAGUCGUAUUUGUGUGUCUUUUACAGAUACACCACCUGCAGCAGAGCCUCCCUCCAAGCGCAUGAAGGUAGAGGAGGCGUUCCAGCUGUCAGAGCAGCAGAAGACGCUGAUCCAGGAGGACACAGCCAACAAAAAACUCUGGGAUGAAGCCAUGGAGAACCUGAAGGAAGGACCAGUAUGAUUUUCUUUCAUUUCUGACACUGUGACACCGCACACACUUCUCAACAAACCUUUUCAAAAUCUCAUAAAGUUAUUCUUCUGCUAUCUUAAAACAGUGUGGAAGUGCCGCAGAUAAAGUGUCAUGGUAGUAAAACAGGGGCAGCAUUGAGUGUCUGGUUUUGAUUGGCAGCAAAUGGCAGGAAACAAGAGCCAAAGUAAACAAAUUUGUGUAGGUUUAUGUCACUGAUGGAUAGUUGAAUGUCAGGAGUAAUUUUGAGUAAAAGAACCAAAGUCUAACUGAACAGACUUUAUGUUAUUUCAUUUACGGCUGCAUGGUUUCUGAUUGAUCACAGAAGAUAGCGUUUAUUACUGCAGCAGAGCUUUUUAUUUAAAGUUUGACUCAAAGUUUCUGCUUCGUUCACUGACUUUGAGACUUCUCUUUCUUCACUUUUGUUUGAAAUCUUGUGAAAAUGAAUGAGUGGUAUCACUAGCAUUUUCUCAAAGGAAUAAGGCAGCUGUAAGUAAUACAUAAACUGUUAAACAAACCUGUGAUGAGUUGCAAAACAUAGCUGUGUUGGAGACUUGUUUCUGAUUGACCAAAACCAUACCAGCAAUAACCUGAUCACAGAUAUCGUAUCAAAUCAAACUGCCUGUUGACUUUUUGGCAAAGACUCGGGGGGUCAGAUUACCAAUUAAUCGGCCAAUUUUUGAAUUCUUUUAUGAAGUUAUAAAAAAUAUCUAUAUUUACUGUAGAUAUCUACAGUAUACUUUAUACUCUAGAUAUCUACAGUAUACUAUAUUAUACUGUAGAGUUACUGUAGGCUACUGCUCUUCACGCCGACACAAAGACCAACUGAUCAAACUUGGACCAGAAAAGCGUUUUCAACUACUACCCCCCACCCCCUGCCGAUCGGUGCCUCUGCGUCUUAACUCACAUUACUCAUUUCCGGUCCGGUCUCAUCUGGAGACAUACAGCUGCCUCAGUAAGAGAAGUAGCUCGAUCACAUAAUGUGUACUGUUGUUUAUUCUACUGUUACUGGCACGGCUAACAGUGUAGCAAGGCUAAUAGCAGGUGGCUAACUCUAACUUUAGCUUGCAUAUUACAUGGUGUUUCACCGUUAACUCGGCGUGACCGAGACCAGCACAGCGGGGAACACCGUGAAGUGGGCUGAACUGAAACUUGUUGACUUAUUGUGUACUUCACAAACUGGUUUAUUUACCGUUGAGGUGGACCUCUCUCCUCUGUGCGUCCCUGAGCUGCCUGCUUCAGAUCCGUCACUCUGCUGUGCUGUGAGGUAGUUAGUGGAUGAAGAUUGUCAUGAGGUCGCUGCGCCAUCUACAGGAUAAGUUGGGGAACUUUUCAAAUGGCGGGAAGUGAAAUUGAAUCUUAUUCUCCUCAUUUUAUUUCUGAAAAUAUUGGCGAAAAUCGGCAAGUUUUGGACGAUUGCCGAUAAGUCUCAAAUGGGCUAAAAUUGGCCAAUUUAAUCGGCUCGCGAUAAAUUAGUUGGGCCCUUACAGAAACAGUGUUAACAGCUGCCUCAUUUAUCUUUAAAGGAGUGCGAACACUAAAGCUAUUGGCUCAGAUAUUCCCGCAGAAGUCCAGAUCAGCUUGUCUAAUCAUAUCUUUAAGCUGGCUUUUUUGGCCUUUAUUGACAGCUAAAGGACAGCAGAUAAUGCAGGAAGCAGGAUAGAGAGCGGGGAUUGACAUGCAGUAAAUUGGAAAUUUCUGUUAAAUCUAGUUUUAGUCCAUUUUGGCUCCUCCUGUAAACAAAACAGUUAAUGCUCUACAUAUUUCAGAAUUUAUUCCGGACAGAAGUCUCAAUCUGCAGAUUUUUUAGAAGUUAAAUGUUUCGUUUAUUGUAUGUGUAAAAGGAAAACCAGGGCUGUCCUUAAAGCUACUUUGCAGACACCGAACCCCUCACACCAGUUUUAGAUGCUAAAAACUACGAUGUCAAAAAAUCCACUUUUGUUAUUGAUGACCUUGUUUUCUUUUGUGUAUCAUAAUUAAGCAUUAGUAGAAUUUCAGACUCUUUCAUUAGAGUCAAAAAUAUCCUUACAGGAGCUUUAAAUAUAGUGUAAUAUAGUGCAUCAACAUGUUGUUCAUUCUGUUUCUAUUUGCAUUCAACACAGCUCCUAUACAUCUUUGUAAACAAUGUCUUAUACAUUUUCCUGUCCUUUUUUCCUUCCCCCCGUUUUCCUGAUGAUUUCUUUUGUGUGUGUGUGUGUGUGUGUGUGUGUGUGUGUGUGUGUGUGUGUGUGUGUGUGUGUGUGUGUGUGUGUGUGUGUGUGUGUGUGUCUGUUUUUGCUGCAAACAUAAAAAGAACUUCCUGCGCAAGAUGGAGCAGAUCUUCAUGUGUGUGUGCUGCCAGGAGCUGGCCUUCCAACCCAUCACCACUGUCUGCUCACACAAUGUUUGCAAGGUACUGAGAGGGUUUCUUUUUUUAGCAAGAGCACUUAACAUUCAGCACUGUGCACCACACAGUGUCAGUAUUAUUACUGGUCUGUUAUACCAUUGCAAAUAAAAGAAAUGGAAAUAAGAGUUGUGUUUAAUUUUUGCAGUCUAGCUCUGACACAGACUUUUUUCCUCUCAAAGUAAUACAAGCUUUACUUAUUUACAAAUGAACAUGGGAAACAUUCACCUAAGAUGUUGCAUGUGACAAAGGUUAAGGGAAAGCAAUCUGGAGGGUAAAUGACAGCUCUUUAGUAAUGCAUCUGAACCACUUAGACUGCUCAAUACUCCUGCCCUUAUAUUUCAUUCAUGUGGCUUCUGCCUCUUGUCGCCCUCUUUCCUUAGAGUUGUCUCCAGCGGUCGUUCAAAGCACAGGUGUACACCUGCCCAGCCUGCCGUCACGACCUGGGAAAAGACUACGUCAUGACCCAAAACACGACACUUCAGUUGCUGCUCGACCAGUUCUUUCCUGGCUACACCAAGGGCCGAUGAGGACAAACACACAUUUAUUAGUAGAAAAAAACGUACAGACACGCACAUAAGCGGUCAUUCUGUGCACCCACGUAUACCGGCAAGUACCUAAAGCUCCACUUUAAAAAGGCAUCACGCACACAUACUGUACUUACUCACGGGGAAAUGUAUAUUGCAUAUACAGCCAUUUAUAUGUAUACAAUCAUUCAUACACAAACCACCUCAGUAGGGACUGACCUCAUCUUGUUGAACUUGGACCGUCUCCAUUAACAUCACCAGCCUGAAAUUACAAUGGAUCUUUUUUAUUCUCCUGACCCACAAACGCACAAAAGGAGCUCAUGUUCACCCACUCGUCCCUUUCCUCUGUAAAUCAGUGGUUAUCAAUAGACACUAAAAUUACUUGUUAGAUGCCUGCCAACCUUUACACAUUUUCUGUACCAGGUAGAGUGUUGAAUUCAGCUGGCAAAUAACAGCUGCUUUGAUGGAGUGAUUUAGGCACAGCAAGACUGGCGCUCAUGACUCACAGCAUGUUCAACAAUCAAUACCGAUAAGUAGGUCAUGUGACUUAGUGGUGCCCAUGCAGGUGAUCUGAUAUGACAAACUUAAUUAGGAAAACUGAUCAACAAUGUGUAUUCAGUUCUGCAGAUGAAUCACUUUAUUUUUAUUGGUGACAGAAGCAGCAGGCUUAUUUUGUACAAACACAUGCUAACAUCCUGCUAGGUGCUUGUUUCACACGUAACAAUGCUGUUUCAAUGUUCGGAUAAUAAGGAUAACAGAUGCCAAAUUGAAUUUGCAGAUGUGUACUGUUUGUGCAGGUGCAGUGUAUUUCUGGUGCAUAAAAAGGCAGAAUUUCACAUUUAGUUCUCCAAACAGCACCUAAUUUUUCUUUUUACAAGGUCCUAAAUAUAAAAAAAUCGAAAUGCAUACCUUUAAUGUUUCCAGAAGGUGCUGUGAAAACAUUUAGCAUUAGUAAAAUCAUUGUUUACUUUAAUAUUGACAAAAUGGUUGAUAUAUAUAACUCACAUCUGUGCAUAUUUUUUAAAUCAGAUUACAUCGGUUUACCUGUACCUUUAACUCCCCUCUAUGUGUCAUCUCAAAAAUACUGCACUGGUGUAAUGGAAAUCAAAGGUUACAGCGCAGCGCCCUGAGAAGUGUGAGGUGUGAUAUUUGCACAGAAGUAGGGGCACAGUGGUAGUCGCUGAUGUUUCCAGGCAACCACAAUCAAGCAGGACUUCAAACAAAGACGCUUAGCGUUCAUCGUGCUCUGCGGAUAUUCAUCUGUCAUUGUUCUGUCGGUGAGAUUUAGUGUAAUUUAAAUGAAGAGCAGCAUGAUCUGCCUCUGUUUCAUUUUAGAAAAGUGGCCUGCUGAGCGAUUGCACUGACAGGACGAUGCGAAUCAGAAAAUGGAGGCACAUCUGUCUCAAUCAGCCAUGGCUGAGGCUGACUCCUAUCAAAGCUUUCUGAUAAGUAUGAUUGUUGUGGAUUCACGCCAUCAGAGGCUCAUCACAAAUAUGCGCUUUUCUCCCGUCUGUAUACGGAUUACUACAAGCUAGAUAGAAACCCACUGUGUGAUCACUCUGAUAGCAUUAUAAUUAGUUUUUUAAUGUUCAAAUUCACAGACAAAAAAGUUUGAGUGCCUUUUUGAACUGACUGUAAAAACACUACAGUAUAACUGAAGUUAUUUGGCUUUUCUUUGCAAUUAGGAGUUGAUACACAAUCCUACAUUUUGACUAUUAUGUUCAGAUGGAGUUCUUGUGCUUGUUCCUGUGUUUUUAUAAAAUUUAACAAUGUUUGAAAAAUUGAAAAAAAGUUAAUCAGUAAGAAAGUAAACACACUUCUAACCUCAGUUUAGUACUUCAAAUGUAAACAACACCCUUUCUUUUAAUGGCAACGUUUUAAUAUUUUAUUUAAAGAUUUCAAAUAUCAAGUAUGUACUCUUAUGUACUCGGUGCGUAUAAAUUUGACAUAGUUCAGUGGUUGUGCUGAAACUCCUGCAGUGCAGUGUCAUACAACAUUACGUUGAAUUUAUUGGCCAUAUUUCAGAAAAAAAAAAUGGAGUACACAAAAAUGAAGGUUUGGAUGAUCUCCCGAUCUGCACCCUAUAUUCAGGACUGACAUGCAAACUUACAAUCAUAAUUAUAAUCACUUAGAGGGGCGAAUUGAACCAACAAUAGAGCAUUUAUUUUUGUUUGUGGAUUUUAUGUUGACCCUUAAAAGAAAAAAUCAUCUGUAACAAUUAGAGAUCUCAGUACUCUGGCUGAACAUCAAACUGAGCAUAGGAAGCUGUAACCAAACAAACAACUCAAACUUUCUUAAACAAAAGCGAGUCUGUUUUAUAAAAUAGUUUUAUAUAUUUUGUUUAAAUCAUUGUAAGAAUACUUCAGCCAGAGAUAGCAAAAACAACACUACAGAAAACGAUACGUUGUUUUUUUUUUAAUCUCUAUUUCCUUUUUGCAUCUUUUUUAUAAAACCUUUUUGUAAAAUUCAAGAGCCUGUCAGUCUUGUACUUGUUUUUAACUAAAGCAGCUGCCCAACUGUAAAGUAAUAUGAAAACGAGGCAGGCAGAAACAUGAGCUAAGUGGGAUUGAGAACUGACCCACAUUCACAUAUUAUGCAGCUCUAGUUUUGCUCGUAUUCAGAGUAGCAUCUUUUCGAGGACUGAUGUGGUACUUCAAAAUGUGCAGGGUUGGCAGCUCUAACAGGAACUAAUACAAACCUGAUCUCAUCACCUGGGCCCAGCUGUUCAGAAAGUUAAAUCUCAAUCAGAAGUGCUUGGGGUCUGAAAAAACCCUCUUUUUGGUGCUCAAGAUCAGGUAAUCUGUCCUAUUUUUGUCUUUGUGAAAUAAGAUUGGAAAGGCUUUAUUGUAAGAUAACCAAAUCUGGAUAGUUCCAAAUAGGACUGUGGUAUCCUUAGGGGGGAGGCGCCUAAAUCUACACAAAGUGAAAGAUCGUUGCAGCUGCUUUUACUCUCUGGUUUGAUAUUAACAGCUUUUUGAUGAGCUAUUUUUAUGGACAGACUACCUUUGAACAGCUGGGCCCUGGAAGUUGAAAUGGUUCACGACUGAAAUGUUUAACUCUUGAGGUGGUUCAUGGGAGAUUGUAGCCCCUCUUUCCGUUCAUCGAGUCACAGCCUUCGAGGUGUAGCCAUGUACAGUUCAUAGCCGAGCGGAGGUAACAUGCUGCAGUACACAUCAGUAUCUUACUGCUCUGUUGACAUUCAGUGUUACCAGCUCUCCCUCCCCUCUCAUUGGCCGGCUGUUUGUUUGUUUGUGGUGAUGUCCCAGUUUCUGUUCAAUCAUUCAGGUUUUUUUUGUCACUCAACAACAUGCAAGUACAAAUGUUACUAUGGUCUUUAACGCUAACUGUGAUGUGCAUUUCUUCCACUGUUGCUCAACCUUGCUCCGAGGUUUUUCUUCCUGCAUUGACUGGCAAAGCUAAUAACUCUGGUUUCUUUCUCUGCUGUAACCCUCCUCUCUCUCCUCUCUGCGCUGUCUCCUGCCCCUCUGUGAACCUACAGUACUAACACUUUUUAGACGUCUUGUGGACGCUUGGCUUCAGUGCUGUGUUUUUUGUUUUUUACUUUAACUUUUAUUGCACUCUACUGAAGAAAAAAGUUUGAAAAGUUGCGUUUGAUUUUCCUAGUACGCUUACUACUAUCUAUGUCUGUAUGCCAUUUUUUCUACCAUUUUAGUUGCUUCUCUUCUAUUUUAAUCAUUAGUCAUUUUUAUGUGGCGACCUCAAACAUUUGCAGCAUAUGGCAGUCUGAGGAGUUUCAUUGCUUCAUAUUGUGAUCUGAAAUUUUAUACAUGUCAUAAUAAUACUUGAUAUGUACCUAUUAAAUAUUUGGAUUCCAGAAAAAGAAA